CUUCGUCUUGAUGAGCUACAAAAUUUAAAUACUGCUUGCAUCUUAAUAAGCAAUGAUAAUGAACCAACAGUGUUUCUAUAAUUAACCUAUUUAACUGACAAAGUUCUUUUUUUAUGAUCACAUUUUUUGUUUUUACUUUCACUUAAAUCUGAUGAACGGGAUUUAUUUCGAGAUUGAGAGGCAGCUACAAGGACAAUGAAGACAAUAGAUGAAGACAGUUCAGGCUGUUUUAAAUAAAAUAAAUAAAUAGAUAAAUAAAAUAUAAUACAAUAAACAUAUUUGAUCUGCUGCAACACAGCUAAUGUUAGCAUUUAACCACUUCUUAGACAUAAACUACGUGCUCUUGUGAGUUUUUUUUUCUAUUGAUGAAAUACACUGAAAUUCAUAUUGAUAUUUGUUUAUAAUAAACAAACAAGCAAAAAAGAACAAAAAAAAAUCAACAAUAACAAGGUUGUACACAUUUAUAGAGUAAAUUUUGUUCCCUGAAACUGGUCCAAGGGGGUACAUGACAGCUGAACAGUUGAAGAGGCAGCCCUGAGUCGUGUAAAUACAUGGUUCUGCCCUAUCACUGUGUACAUAAAAAAAAAGCUAAGAAAAAGCUAAAAAGCUAAGCCAAAAUGUCUUUGUCCACAAACCAAAUGAUCCUCACAGGAGCUUUAAAAAACACAGAUGCGAUGGGAAAAUUGAAAAUUUUCCUCAAGCAAAGUGAGGAUUUUAUUUAUUUUAUAAAUAACUGCUUUGGAUGAGCACAUGGUUAUCUGUACAUCAUGUUACCCAACUAACUGUUCUAUAGGAUGUCUGUGUAAUUGAGUGGUGACCUUGCUUAUGAGUGACCUUCAGCCUCUUAAUACAACAACCAACAAAAGCAUUCAACUGAAAGUCAGCAGCAAACAGAGUCAGUCCUUUAACCCUUUCACCAGUGGCCUUUCUUGGUAAAUCAAUUUGCAAGAAUUCAGAAUGAAAACAUUACCACACUACUAAAAUUCUAAUGUUAGCUGUGAGUCAUCAACAUUUUUUACUUAAAAUAUGGUUUUCAUAUUUUUUCUUUUAUUUAUUUUAUCAAAGAAUAACACAACGUCUAGUACAAGUGUCCUGCAGCUGUUUUGUGUUUGACCUUCCUCUAAGGACAGACAUUAUUUUUAGGGAGUUGUUUUUUUUUUUUUUUUCUGAGACAAAAGCCAACAAACUGUAGACAUGUAAACAGAGGGCUGUAAAAAUGUAAAUGUAAUCUAUUCUGUUCAUAAAGUAUAUAAAUAUAUUUUAUGUUACAUUAGUCCACACAAGUCAAGAGGAAAUGAGGACAUAUGUAAGAGAUGAUGAGACACAUAUAGAUCAAAGAGAGAGGAGCACUCUGCAUUACACUGACAGAUAUAAUGGUGAGUGUUCUUGUAAAAAUUUUAUAGGAGAGACAGAGAGAGCAAGAGAGAGAGAGAAGAGCGACCCUGAGUGUGUGUGCGUGUGUGUGUGUGUGUGUGUGUGUGUAACUGUAUCCCCCUGGUGAAAUGUGCUUACUGCUUCAGUUUGCUGUCCUUCACCACUGUCCCUUAACCUAACCCCUACAUGGCACAUUGCCAGACGGUGUGUUUAUGCGUGAAUCUAUAAUAUGCAAAUGUAAGAAAGUGAAGGUGUUUGUCUUCAUUCAGAGAAGGAGAAGGGUUCAUACAUACAUCUUCUCUUCAGAAGUGUCACACUCGUACCCUGCCUGACUGGACACUGCCAUUAAUGCUUUACUGCCUGCCUCAAACACUGGGUUAUUCUCAACAGCCUGACCUAUUAUAACAAGAGUGCUUCACUGACUGAAUGUCAUUAAGUGUUCCUACACCUUGUAAUUCUUCAAGCAGAGCACAGCUGACUUCUUGUUUGAAGGCUUUUUAGCAUUUCAGAAUUAGCUUGACAUUUACUCGACAUUGUACCAUGUGUCAGUCUCACCUCAGCCACCUCCACCUAAUACUCUCCCACCUCUCUGAAACAACACUUGUAAGCACUUUUACGAUAUCUGAUCCAAAUUAACACUUUGUCAGGCAGGAUUCAAAUUGCUCACACAUGAAAGUGGAACUGUAUCGUGUUUUUCAACUUUGUGCUACUGUCCUAAUCCCACAGCCAUGUUUUAAUUUCAUCAUCCUGACUAUCCAAGCACUUCACUGUGGGAGGUUCAUUGAAUGACAAAUUGGUAAUGGGAGAUUGGUGUAUCAGAGUUUCACUGAGGGCCACCUAACCCUCUGGUAUUUGACGCUUUGCAUUGUGGGACAUGAUAGGAUAAAGCAUAAGGAGGCUGUCAUACACCAGCCCAUAGGCUUAUAUGCUGAAUUUGCUAAAAAAAAAAAAAAAAAAAAAAAGGCUGACAAGAUUUAGCAGGAAUACAUAAAUAAAGACUUUCCUAAACAUUUAUUUCAAUGUAGGAAUAUAUUAAAUAUAAUAUAUAAUAUUAAUAUUCAGUAACACUUUACAACAACCAUAACUUCUUAAUGGUAAAUAGACCAUUAAUAAAUGGUAAUAACUGGUAAGCAGAUACUUUAUUAAUGUUUAAUCAUCAUUAAUAAAAAGCAUACAGACCAUUUAUAAAUUGUAAAAUUUACACUUUUAAAAACCCAACCCUAACCCAAACUUUACAAUAACCAUCUAAGUAAUGUUUAUAGGUGGUUUAAAAACCAAAUAUUAACCAUUUACAAAGUGCUACUGACACACAUUUUAAUCUAGAUGUUUUACAACCAAUAUUUAAACCCUUUAUAAACCUUUAAUAAAUAGUCCAUUAAUAAUUAAUGAAAAUUAUAUUAACUUACAUUGAUAAACUAUCUAUUUGCCAUUUAUAAUUGGUCUACAUACUGUUUUUCAAUAAUGAUUAAACAUUAAUUAACUAUCUAUUUACCAUUUAUAGAUUACGGUUAUUGUAAAGUGUAACCUAUUAUUCUUUGUUACAGUUUAUAUAAAGUAGAACACACUGAUUUGAUUUUAUAAAUUAAUAAAAGAGUUUGAUGUACAUAGUGAUAGGGCAGAACCAUGUAUCGUUUUAACAUUGCAACAGCACUAUGAGCAUGUACAUUAGUCACACUGCAGGACUUGUCAAUCAUAUUACCCAAAACCGUUGUCACAUGUUGUCACCACUUCCUCUCAUCCAGGAAUAAAAUCAGAUUAAUGUCUAUCUGAAAUCACUCUGAUGUAGUCCAUCAUUAGCACAUGCCGACAAACUGACUGCUGAGCAGACAGUCUGUAUCUGUAUGACAUGACAGUGGAAGGGAACAUGCACCCAAGUGCUGGCACUGCUACUGUCACAGAUACCCGGAAAACACUCCAUCAAAUAUCAUGAUUAGACAGUGUUGUCUCGCUCAUCUCAACACUGUGCUCGUUGACAGUGUGGGCAUACAGACUGCAAAACCUACAGGGCUACAGAGGGUUUACUUUUAGUGUUUACUACACCUGCAGAGCACAGACAUUGCAGUCAUGUAAAUAUCAUAUGCAGAAGAAGUUUUUUUUUGGUUUGAUUUGGGCUUGCAACAAAGAUAAACAAUUUUUAGCAUUGAGAGGAAUGAUAAUUUACAUGUAAGUUAGUAAGUUACGUAUAUUUGUAUGGUUUAGUUUGGUAUGGCCACAUAUUGCUCUCCCUGUCUCCUCCUCUCAUGUCAUACAUCUCCAUACACGUGUCGGAGCAGCUGUCGGAGAGGUGAACACAGUGUAGCAUAAGUAGUCAUGAGUUUUGAUUUGAAAGCUGGAAACAGACUUUGAGAUCCAAAUCAUAGAUAAUAACAAUAGUUGUAUUGAAACUUUUAGAUGUUUCUAAGCAGUCAAAUACAGCACAUUUUUCUGUUAUAAAUUCCUGUAAUGCUUUAUCACAAUAUACUGUAUCGUGCAGAAAGGGAAAAAUAAAUGACUAUAAUAGUAUUUUCAACACACUCACAACAAACUCAGCUUUAUUGCUCCCCUUAGCAAGCUCCAUUGUCCAUUUAGUGCCUCUCAUCUUAUUGUUUUGAAAUUGCAACCAGUAACUUUAAUUGUUAAAACCAAAAUCAGAGUGAAAAGUCAGUUUUUGUAUAAAACUGGCCAAGUGUGUAAUAUUUGACAUGAUUCCCACAACUUCCAGAAUUUGUAAUCCAGCGUGCAAGUUUAAAGACAGCCUUUUUCCGUGUACUCAUGUGGGCAGAAAGUCAAUCAGGUUUAAGAUAGCAUCACUGCUAUACAGCACAUGUUAUUAUUGGAUACAUUCACUGUGUCUUGAAUGUCAGCUGAGGCCCCUGCAAGGAUGAUUUCACCUGGUUAUGAAAUAUAUUGAAUUUGAUUGACUGAAGUUUCUCUUUAGAGGUUUUGCCUCAAAUGAUUGGCCUAAGUCUGACUCUAGCCUGUGGCUCCUGUCGUGCAUGCCUCUCCCUGUAGGACAUAGCUGUAUCAUCUCUAAUUAAAAACAAUAACAGCCCCAAAAUAUUGGUUAAAUAAUCAACUUCAUUAACCAUCUAAAAAGUUGUCAUCUUUGAUAACAGUACAUCCAUUAAUUCUGUUCAAAACUAAUUUAAACCUGUUGUAGGUCCAAAGGUCUGCCCUCCUUUUGCUGCUAUGGAAAAUAAAGCGAAGCAGAUAACUUACAAUGAAAUGGUGUGUGCCCAGCUUUGUUGGGUUAUACAUGGAGCUUUGACUAACAUAAAUAAUAAUGAUAUUUUAAUUGCAUUUUGUAUUGAUAGUUUAAUGAAAACUUAACUAUGAAUUCAUAAAUGAAGUCAACUGGGUAUUCAUGGUGUAUUUUAAAAAAAAAUCUGGGUUUAGGAGAAACAUCAAAAUUUUCUUAAGUGUCCUUUAGUUCUCAAGUUUAGGAAGUUUAAGAAAGAUGGGUGACAAUGUACAACUGAAACAGCAUACAUCUUUGGCCACAAAUGGUGCCAAAUUUAUGCAAAUUAAAAGUUUCUUAUAGCAGCUGUAAGUGGUUAACCACGGCAAUAAAUCCUCUACAUCAUCAAGGAAAGAUAUCGAAGGUUAAGCAAAAUGGUAACUGAAAACAAGAUCUUACACAUAAACUGUCUUAGAUUAUGAGCUGUAUCGGCAAAGCAUUGAUCAAAAAACAGCAUGGUCUUAUCUCCAUGACAACAUGGAGAGAAGGUUGGAACUUUCUUACCAUAUUUUUGUCUUAAGUGGUGUAUUUUAGGAAUAAAUUUUUUAGAAAUAUAUCAGAUAAUGUCAGUAAAGAAACAACCCAUCUUAUCUAAAAUCUAUGGCCUACAUCUCCAAUUAGGUUAUCUAGCCCUGAUAGAUUAAGUUAGGCUAUCACAGCCGGUGAUCAUGAACAACCAUAGACUGUACAUACAGUUUAUGGUUGUGAUUAAGAAUUAAUAAAUGAGAAAAACACACAAUGCUGCAUUUUCAAGAUUAAAAAAACUGCCAGAAAAAGACAAAUAUUAAAUAAAUGUUGAUACAGAUCUCUGUAAACAAACAAUCAAGAAGCAGGGUUUUCUAUUUUCCCCACAAACUGUGUUUACAAUUUAGGUCCAAUAAGUUGCAUGUGAUUGCAGUCUGGGAACAGACUUUUUUGUCUGGUUAUCAACUCAGGUAUGUGUGUUAACAACAUUUGAAGAUAUAAAAUGUCCUUUAAAAACAUACUGGAGAUAUUAAGUAGAAUUUUAUCCAUGCUUUAUAAGGUUUUAUGACUAAAUAAGGACUGCCAAAAGUAUCUAGGGGAAAGCUUGUUCUGCAGAAUAUUUAUGUGUGUACUCAUUUCCAAAUCAAACAAAUACAGCGGUGUGUAAGCGCUCUGCUUCAUCUGCAUUCAUAUUUUUGCAUCAUGGUGUCAAAAUAUUCUCUCUUUUUCUUGUCUAUCAAGUUUCAAUGACUUCAGUCCUUCUUCUUGACAGCACACAGACAGACACACUCCAAUCCACAUUUCCUCUGAUCUGCCAUCCGUCGCCCUCCUCUGUGUCCUCCCCCUCCUUUUCCUCUCUCUCUCUCUCUCUCUCUCUCCUUCUCUCCCUCUCUCCAUGCCUGUAUCUCCCUCCUUCCACAGUUGUCCUCACAUAUUAGGUUCCCAUGUCCUAAGACGCAGAACGAGCCUCUGGAAUCUCGUGCACUGCUGCCUCUUCAAGGAAAGCUGUGACGGUAUGAGGGGUAAACAAGGAGGGGAUAGAGAGGACUAGAGAGGGGGAUUAAGAUGAAUCAAAGAGGAAUAAGAAGACAGUGAAGAAGAUGAAGAAGCUGAACAUCAGGACACCUGCGGUUUAAUGCAGCGACACUGCUGGCAUGUGGCUGUCUGUGCAGAGUAGUUCCCUCUCCUCUCUAGAGCUGCUUGCUGCAGGAUCUGCACUCAUGUCUCUGCUUGCUACUUUAUUUAUCUCAUAGCAGCGAGCAGUAACUUCAGCAUUUUCUCUCAAAGAGGACCUCUGUCUGUCACUUUAUGCCAGCCAACACUGACCUUUGGGGAAACUCUGCUGGACUAAAACCUGGAUCACUUCGAUCCUGGUGAAGAACAGAGGCGACCUAUGUGGGGCUCAGGUAAGCUCAUCACAGACUACUGAGCAAUGUGAAACCACUGACAACCUCGUGCAUUCCCUCUUUGAUCACCUUAAAGUGAACUGCAGGGGGGGCAAGCUAGGACGCCCUCAUUAUUGCAAUAUUCAGAGCAGAAAGAAAGAGUGGGUGACAGUCUUUCAGGAGACUUUGAAGGUUUCUCUCUUUGAUGAAAGUUAGGGAUGUCUCCAGCAAACGUCGGCACUCAGUGUCAGAGAAGACUCUGCACUUAGACCUGGGCUAACCCUUGACCUUUCUCGUGCAGCUGUUAUUUGACGGGAGGGAUUAAAGAGAGAGAAAAUGCGCUGAAAUAAAGACAGCACUGUGUUACAUGUUAUGGCACUCGGGUGUGUGCCGUAUCAUACCGUGUGCUGUAUACCGGUGUAUAUUUUUUGGUGAUACAAAUUUGUAAUAUUGCAUUAUUUAUACUGUAGGGACGCAAUGACGUAUGACAUUCCCAACUGCAUACACAACAACAAUGUCAGAGAGCAAGAGCAGCACAGCAGAGUCAACUUUGUCCACAAAUGAGGAUCUAGUGCCAAAAAAGGGAGCUAAAUCUGUGGUGUGGAGGUGGUUAGGCUAACACAGAUAAGAAGUUUUACCACCUAAAGCUAAAACACACGGCUGAAAAUCAGCAGGCUUUGAAGGCACCUGAUGAGGACAUGAAAACAGCUACUGGUGUUGAAAUCUACAAGAGGAUAAACAGCGGGACUAAUGUUGUCAACCUAUUACGUUUGAGGACAUAUUUAAAGAUAAAAAACAUGGGAAAAAUUUUUUUUUGGGGGGGUUGUAAACUUCUGUCCUGUUUAUGUGUGGAAAAUCUGAAUUUCUUUUCAUAAUUUAACCCUUUUUUAUCACCAAUAAUAAAAACACUGUUGUUUAGAAGCAGCAGCCGGUCACUAAAAAUAUGCUCUGUAAUUUUUUUCCAUAUCAUUAUCGCAAAUUGCCUUAAAAUAUUGUGAUAUCCUUUUGAGGCUAUAUUGCCCACCACAAAUCCUAUGUCAGUAUCAUGGAGGAGCUCUGCAGAUGCAAGAGAGAUUACAAACAAUGUGAGAUAAAUUGGAAGAUGCAUAGUCACAUGAAUGUAAGAAAAGUUUUGUAGGCCUACAGAAUGAAAAAACCACGAGCACAAAGUCAAAGUGGGAGAAGUGAAAAGAAAACUGUAAAACAAGGAAUAAGAGUUUACAAGUGAUUUAAUUCUUGCUAAUAUUAAAGAUGAAAGUGAGGAACUCAUUGUUAAUGUUGGCUUAAACUUUUCUUUAAAUCUUGUUAAUCCACUUUAAGUUAACAUUUCAACAUAAUUUCUGUAUGCUUCAUGGCACCAUUUUAAUGAUCUUUGCCAGAUGGAGUUGACUCAGCUGUUUUCAUGUGACUUUACACGUGAUGAGGGAACCAACUUGAAGGUGGGGCUGUUAGGGUCUUAAAUCUGGUCUCUGAUUUGCACUAACAUAUGGAAUUACACAUUCAAAUACCCAAAACUCACUUUAUGUAUGGCCUGGAACUCCAAUUUAUCUCUACCAAAAAGCAGAGACAAUUUCAAUACCUCUCUUCAGACCAUAUUAUUCAAUUUGCCUUUUCAAAACAUAAGAUAUACAUAUAAAAGUCAUUUAAAAAAAGGUUUUAUUAUAAUGAAGGCUGCGUGAUUCUACAUGCUGUGAGACAUAGCGCCCUCUUUUGACCAGUUGCCACUGGCAUUGAUGUAUAGUUCAGCUCAUUCUUACUCUCCGUUCUGGUGACACCUUUUUUUAACCUCUGAAGUGCAGUAAACAAACGCUCUACUCUCCACCCCUCCUAUUCCAGCUGCCACCAGAGCAGAAACUCAAGAUUUAGAUUUACAACGAAAGACCUCAGCUUCCUGCUGUUAGCAGUCUCCAGGGUUUCUUAAGAAGCACACCUUCAAUAUAUAAUUCCUCAUAAAACCAUGGCUUAGCAUGCUGGAAGGAGAUUCUCUGUGAAAAGUUGGACGUUUCAUGAACUGAUUUGUUUUCUUCAUCUUUGCCUGUUUGGUCACUUUAACCCAUACAUGGCUGACUGCUUAAGGAUGAUUAAUGUGUGAGGGACGUUAAAUGAAGACUUUGUUAAACAUGGGAACUCCUCAGAUCUCCAGAAAGCUCGCCAGUAAUGAUGACUGCUAAAAUUAGAGCCCAACAAGCCUGUCGACACACUUGUGGCCUCCUGGGGUAGUUUGAGAGAAUGACAAGAUGGUUGAGGUCACAUAGCUACACUCAACCACAAACACACAGACACACACACACGGCUUCUAUUUGCGCUGCACACAGACAUUGUUAUCAUUUUGUCUAUAUAUCACAAAAAUUUCUGCUUGACAGGAGGAAUGUAACUCCACCUCAACCGUAAAUGUGCGGCAUUUAGCGUGCUCGGCUCAUCUGCAAAACAUUUUUAUCGCUGUCUUUAGCAAAGUUAUGUUUUUGCUGAAUGCUGAAGUCUUUUCUAAUGUCAUCACAUUUUUUAAAUAACUAAAUAUGAUUGGGUGACCAUACGUCCUCUUUUACCCGGGCAUGUCCUCUUUUGAGGGGCUGUCCAGGGGGAGUUUAUAAAAUCCUUCAAAUGUCCGGGGUUUUGUAUGGAAGUUUUGAGUUUGUGUACCGUGGACUGAGUUGGUGGCACGUAAAAAACACUCUAUUCAUACCAAGCGAAGAUGCAUGCAAACCAUGUUUCUGUGCCUUACCUUUGUACAUUUUUAGGUUGAAAUACAAUGUCCAAAGGAGAAAAAGGCUAAAAUUGCAUUAAAAAUAAAGUUAUCAAUGCUCAGUAUUUUGCAACAGUUCUUAAUUUAGUAAUAAAAAAAAAACAAAACAUUUUGAUGAAUUUAACUUUUGAAUUGGACUUUGACGCAUUGAGUGGAAAUGGGAAAGUUGAAUGACGACAAGCAGUAAGAAAUGCUCCCUUGCUCACCCCUCCAUACAGCGACCAACAACCCCAAGUCCACUGGUGAAUUUCUAAAAAGACUCUCCUUUUCCUUGGCUGGUGAUACAACAACAAAUUGCAAUCAACUUUAAUUGUGACAAAUUAACAUGAAUCUGAACAUUUCAAUUGGGGUUGAAGUUAACAUUAUUCUACUUAUUUGUUAUAAUCACUUGUACCAAACAUUUCCAGUGAACGCAAUGCUGAAAAAAAGAAAUUAAGACUCCUUCAAAAACAAUUAAGUUGACAUUUUUGUUUCAGCACAAACAUAAUUUAUGUCACAAAUACUAAGUUAUCACAGCUAGCAGUACUGCUUUUGGUUUCAGUUAGUUUGUGGGAAGUCUUUUCUGUCUAUUGGGAAUUUAUCCUGAUUGUUAUUGAGUUUUGACCAAUCAGAAUCAAGUAUUUAAUGAAGCCUGCAUGAUAAAAAGUAGGAAAGUCUCCUAUUAGUGAUGCAAUUACAUCUUGCAACCUUAGAACUGCAAAACUAGUCAAGCGCUCUAAAGGCAACUUAAAGCCUUAAAGUCAGAUUCCCAUGAGACACGUGGACACUGAGGACGGUGCUUCACCUGAGCCAAGAGGCCGGGUCUCAGUUUCCCAUGGUGACACCCAUUAAAGUCCUGCUGCGUCUGACCCUCUUGCCUCAGACAGCCACAUUAGCACCUGGCCCAUUGGCUACAACAAUGCAGCUACCUGCAUAAUUCAGCACAACUCAACUAAUGAGGAAACCUAACCUGAUGCACACAAACCUGAUCCCAGCCUUGCGCAAGUUAAACACACACACAGGCAUCUGGUUUAUUGUGUUUGUUUUGUUGUGAUGAUUAUGAGUCAUGUCAAACUAGAUCCCUUUUUUUAACAGUCAUCUUGUGAUAGUGCUGCCAGAUUUGCUUGAGUGAGUUUCAUAAAGUCAUGAAUAUACAUUAACACAGCACUCUUCUUCACAGACUUCACUCUGGUUAAUGUUGGUAGAGCCAUGUGUGCACAAGGCUAACUUAUUGAGCUCACACGGCACCUUUUGCAUGUCAGUGAGCUGUCAGCGACCUCCUUCAUCGCGCUGUUCCAACAUAUCUUCAACAUUUCCUCACCUUCCUUGUCAUCUUCAGUCAUUCCGCAUUAACCUCAAUCUCUCCUCUCCUUCCUCUAACGCUUCAUUGAGUGUCUCGAGCUGUCAGUCUCUGUCGCUCUUCAGUGUCUACUUUUCUUUUUGGCUGCGUUUCCAAAACAAAGGAAAGAACUUGGUCCCUUUUUUAACCUUUAACUCUGCUCCUCUAAGUCCCCUGUGCCUUUAAAGGGAUAUUCCGGCUAAGAUUAAGUUAGGGUCAAACACACUAUAACACCGAGUUAGACACCCUGUCGAGAGAUGAAUGUUGCCGACCGCUUGCUUCUCUAGUUGGAAACUAUGGAAACAACUGCUGGAUAGCAAUACAGAGAGCCACAUGCUCAAUCAAAACACCACUCUAUAGCCACAAAUAAUGCUCAGAACAGCAUCUAACUUCAUCAACAGUACAUAUAGGGUCCCAGCCAUAGUACUAGACACCAAACAUCAUCUCAAGACCUUGAGCCAGUCCAGUACGGACUGCUGCGGGGUGACACAGCUCAAGGACAACAUUUAUAACCAUUACUUUAUCAUUUUCGACAUAAUCAUUUUGCACUGCAGACGCGGUAGUUCUUCUGCCUUAGUGUCUCGGUCUGAUUGCAUUUCCAUGAAGAAAUUAUCAAAAAUUUUCUUCCUUGAGCUGCGUCACCCCACUGCAGUCGAUGGACUCGUGCAAGGUCUCCGUACAAACAAGCGGCUGCUGGAAGAGAGUAGGUGAGUUGUGUUUAGUCUCUUUGCGAAAGAAAUCAGGCAAAGCUAAAAAGAUGUUUGGUGGCUAGUGCUAUGGCUGGGACCCUAUAUGUACUUUUGAUGAAGUUAGGUGCUGUUCUGAGCAUUAUUUGUGGCUAUAGAGUGGCAUUUUGGUGUUUUUGUGUGGUUGUUUCCAUAUAUAGUAUAACUAGAGAAGCAAGUGGUCGGCAACAUUCAUCUCUCAACGGGGUGUCUAACUUGGUGUUAUGGUGUGUUUGACCCCAACUUAAUUUUACGUUGGAAUAUCCCUUUAACAACCAGGGAAUAUGAUGUGGGGCUACACAUCAACGUACUCCAGACAUGUUUCAGAUGUUGCUGGUGUGAUGCAGGAGGCAGACAAUAGAGUGAGACAAGAUGGAAUAAAAAUCAUCAAUAGUACACAACAGGGAAAAGGGUGACAGAGGGAGAGGAAGAGCAGAAUCGACAGCAGCAUUAUCACUCUGCCUCCUGAUUCAAACACCCAAAGAAAAUGCUCGGCACCCACUGCUUUCAUUGGCCGAACCUGCAGCCAAUCACAGCUUGGGAAUGCAAGGUGCCUUUAGGUUAUACCCAACCCCAAAACAUGAGAGAGGGAGAAGGGGAGGGAGGGUGAGAGAGAGAGAGAAAGAGAGAGAGAGAGAGAGAGAGAGAGAGAGAGAAAGAAAGAGAGAGAGAGGGAGGCAUGCUGUGGUGCAGAGGUUCUCUCACUGAUGCAGGGCUCCAUCUCAACUGCAUUUUCUGCUGGCCUGAAUAUAUAACUGUGAAUAAAUUACAGGCUUCUUUGCAGUAGUUUGAGUGUGUUGUGUUGCGGUCAGGGCUGCUUCUGCUGCUGCGGUGCUCACUCCUCCUCCUCCUCCUUCUCCUUCUGCAACAGCUGGCUGAGCAGGAGACGUGUGUGUCGAGAUCUGAAGGAGAGGCAUCUCAUGUGGAAGAGGGCAAGGAAAGGGGAAGACACAGCGCUAGAGAUGCAAAGUGAAGGUUGUGAUGCUCCAUGUUUUCUUCGAGUUGAGUUUUGAGUCACGUCAGAAGCAGACCGAGACAGGUUGGAGAAUUGGGCACAAGGAGAGCGUGGGACAGUGAAGUUGACAGUGGAAGGACACAGGAUGAUUUUGGGUAAGAUGGUGUCAGAGAGCUUUUUUUGGCUUUACCUCCUUUGAUCCGGUUGAUUUAUUCAUUUAAAGAAAGUCAUGUCUGUCAAAUGUGUUUUUUCCUUUUGAACUUAAGUUGUGUUUUUGAUACUCCAUUCACUUUGGUAUACAGUUCUGUUUAGAUUACCCACUUUGCAGAAUCUAUAGGAUAAGCUGAGAAAGACUGGUUGCUGUUCUUGUAAAUGCAAGAUUUUCUAAAGAAUUUCAGUCCUUUUAAUCGAUAUGUUUAAAUAAGUAAUCCACAACUAGCUGAAAAAUCACAUCCAUCUUCACCUUUUUAGGAAAUCUGACAAAAUGUUGUUAAAGAAAAUCUCCAGCAUUUUAAAUGUCGCUGCUCUUUCUGAUCAUGCAGUAAAUAACAUAAUCAGUCAUCUCAGCUUCUCACCACUGACAGUUUAAGUGCAAUUAACAAUUACAGUGUGUGUAUGGAUGUAACUUAUCAAAAUAAUCUCCUGUCACAAGUACAAGCUUCAUCAUCUUACACCUUUUAGAUUUCAAAGUCAACAUUUAUUUAGUCUGAGAAUUAACUUACCAGUCUACUUCACUUGAGUCUCUCACUCAUUCAGUUUUAAUACAAUGCUUUAACAUAGUGUGCCUAUACUUAGACCAGGGAGCCAAGUGUGCAAAUGAUUAUGUGAAUUUGGUCCUAUUUGUAUGCAAAAAAAAACAAACGAAAAAAACAAAACAAAAAAAACUAUAUCUUAAUACAAAAAAGGAUGGAGGAUGUAAAAUAUCCAUGUUAACACUUACAUAUCCAUGUAAGUGUUUUGAAAAUCUGAUUAAUUGGAUUUAAUCCAUUAUGUUGAUGGUAAUGACUGUAUCUUUAUAAAAGUAGUUCUUCAUUAUGGUCAGUUGAACUGUUUAAAUUCACAAGACCAAAUUCUUGUAGUAUUAGCCCCUAUAAUCCUCAUUCUGUAUUAAUCUGAUAAUAAUGAAGACCAUCAAAGUGAGACAGUCAUUUUACAUCAAGUUUUGCUCUUUUGAAAUCAAAACAUUUUCCUUGUCUUUAGUCCACUUUGCUAAUACUGAUGCUUCUCGUUCUUUAGUUGAAUUCAUUGCUAUGAUCUUCCUCUAUGUAGAUGUUCAUUGAGUAAAUAUUUGAACACUUUAUUUUUGUUUGCCUGCUCUUACCCCUGCUGGGGUUUUUCUGUGAUCUGACCGUGAGUUUGGGCUGGUGGUUAUCCCUGCACUGAGCUCUGACUCUGUCUGUGUAAGACCUAAACACCCUUACAAGAUCACAGCAACCUGGGCUGAUGGGGUUUAUAUACAGUGAUAGUUUCCUCUUAUUCAGACAGGGUUGAAAGUAAAAAAUAGUGAUCGUGAAAGGCUACGACAAUGACACUGUUGACAGGAAAAUAGGGAGACAGAAAAAGAGGAAUAGUCUCCAUUCCUCUCAACGAAAUUAUGUUUAUGGUGCCUCAGCAUGCAGCAUCCCCAGCCUUUGUUUACUGAAUUUCUCUAAUGAAAGGCAACGUUCAAACAAGUCAACACAACUAGCAAUGAGUUACGAAAGAUUUGUGUUAAAGCUGGCUCAUCUCUCUCUGUGCAGAGCAGUGCAGAACGCAGUUUACUAACUCUUGUGCGAUUUUAAUGAUGAAUAUUUCAGACCCAGAGGUUUGAGGUCUUUAUUUAUUUAAAAAUAGGCCAAGGCUUCUUCCAGUCUGACGCAAAGACCUCUCUCAACACCAUGAAAAAAGCUUUGUGGCUUGCAUCACUGCUCACCCAACCAAUACAAAGUAAUCUAUAAAUACACAUGAAUGCUUUCGGCAUCCAGACGCACUCACAAAGACAAAAAUUUCCCCACUAAUCAAUGUCCUCUAAAGGACUCACAGGUGUGUUUUCCCUGAUAAUAAAAAAACAACAAUGUCUUUGAACAGAGGGAAUGAAAAGCAUUGGCACUGAACAGAAAAAAAUGGGAUGCCAAGUUUGAUUUAUGGGCACUGACAGCAUUUUAUAAAUGUGAAUCCUAAUGAUGUAGGCCUGAACAAAAACGGCAUGUUAGCAAAGAAGAGAAGGUCAAAUAGCUACAAGCGACUGAAUUUACAGUCUAUGCUACCUGCACUGUCUGCCCUAAAAAAAAAACCUUUGGUUUUCAUUAAAAUGCCAACCACGACUCUUGCCUGUCAUUAGAAAAGGAAACAUAGUAGCGUGGCCUUAAAUAGGAGGACUUUUAGCUGGAUGAAGUGACAAAGAGUGCAUGUUUUGGUAGAUCUGUGAAAAAUCAACAACAUGUAACUGCAUGUUGACUUUCCUUUACCUGCUGAACAUUUUCUGUGACAAGUUUCAUGAGAAAAUGAAUGAAAUCAGCAAUAGAAUAUAAAGUGCCAUUUAAGGCAGUAUUUUUAUUUUUACUUUUUACCACAGCGACUAAAGAGACAAGAUAAUAUUCAUCGUUGUGCAAAACUAGCAGGUUAAGGGUGCCGCUGUACACCUGGUGCAAAACAAUUUGUCACGCAGUGCUAGUGUCACUCGUCAAUUAUAAACCCAGCACUCAAGUUGCAUAAAUAGUACUUAAGACUUGUGCUUACAUGUGAAAAGCGUUUUCGCUUCAGACCAACAAAAAACAAAUCUCAGACUAGAUUUUGGGGCACUUAACAACCAAAAAGUGUUCAUGUCCUGAUUUGUUAAGUGUACUGUAGACAAGGCAUUUGGGAUUGUUAGAAGUGGGCCCUUUGUGUUUUGUUUUGUCAAAGGUCCUAUGAGAGACUUUCUGUUGAUUUUGGUGUACUGUGCAGACAAAUUGAUACUCCUAUCUCUUUGAUGACUGACAUUUACAAUUUAAUGUCAGUCUUUUGGUCUGACAUCUUACCCCUUUUAAUUGGUUACAGGCUUUAAAACUAAAAAUAUAUACAUUUUUAGAGUUGUUUGCUUCUGUAGGUCAUAACAGGCACAAAAGUUUAUUUUAACUUUUUCAAAAUCAUUAGAAACUCUUCACAGGGGCUUUAAAAUGUUCCUACUUUGUAUCAUACACGUAUUAUCAACAGGCUUUUCACCAAACUUUAGUUGUCUGUAGGAAAACUGUUUGUAUGGUCAGCAAAAGAGGCGAAAAACAGAAUCCCCCAUGAUUUAAAAUAGUUAUAACAAUAAUUUAGCUUAAAAAAAGAGACAUCAGUAACUAUCUGCUUAGCUGUCUUCUCUCAGCACUAAUCCAACCUGUGCUUUUUGAAAACGUAAACAAAUUGAAACCUCAGCCUUAAGUCCUUUAUUGCUGGCUGCAGAGGAAACCCUAAAAAGUUGGCCAUCACCGUCAGAGGCUAUUGGUGUAAGAUGAUCGCGAAUGUGUUCUGAGACUGCUGUAUCAUUUAACCUGGAGAUCAUAUUACCAAUGGUCACAACAUGAAGACAAAAGAAUAUAAUCCUAACAAUAAAGGCUAGCACUACAAAUUACUUUAAAUUCAAUAGUUACUGUAAUGUUUCAGAGGAGCGGCCAAACUGAUCAACAUUUUUCCAUAAAGUUCUUCUGCAUAGAGUUAACAGUUUUACAAAGCCCGCCACUAGUUUCUGGGCAGGGGUCAGAAAACACUGAUAAAUGAUGCUUUGGACUGAAUGACUGAUUUUUUGUUAGGCUAUUUGUUACCUAUUUUGAGUGGUUAUAAGUUGUAAAUCACAUUUGAAACAUUGCAUCUAUGCUGCGGCUGGUUAUUUUGGCUUAAAUAAAUGCUAAGAGAAGAGAUUUUGAGUCUCAUGAGACUUUACGCUUGGUCAUGAAAAUUAUAUGAAAACUUAAAACACAUAGAAAAACCUAUUCAUCACUUGGUUAGGAAAACUUCUUUAAACUUUAAACUUGGCCCUAAAAACAAAAGAUCAAGAGUCAAAAAGGCACAUGGGCAUGAUCACCACAACUCUUUGUUGUUUGUUUUUUAUUAUCCUGAAGUUAUUCAGAGCCACCAGCUUGACUCUCACCCUCCAUAACCCUUGCCAGCCUUCCUGACCAGGCUAUAGCAUAAAGCCACAUUCUGCCCUUCAGACUCACAAAUUACAGCCUGUAAUUUGCAGGCAGAAAACCACAAAGCUCUAAGUAGUUCAGCUGUAUACAUCCUUCUCUUGAUCUAUUUUGAUCAGGUAUUCAUCAGCUUUGUGUGUUUUACGUUCGGUUUGUUGUGUUAACUCAUAAGGAGAAGCACCUGGCUGCUGUGCCUCUAAUGCCAUUGUUGCAUUAGUGUGUUCGCCUUGCCUUUUCGUGUUUGUUUAGUGUGAUCUCCCCUCUCCCAGCAGGUGUGUAAAUGAUCUGGCAAACAGAGUAAUAAUGCGGGGCAGGGCUGCAGAUCAUGUUCUUAUCAGUGAUCUCCUUAUAGCCUGUAGUUUGUGGUGAAUUUUUUGAUGUGGUGGUGCUCUCUGUUUGCCUCAUACUGAGCUACAUCAAGACCGCAGUGUAAUGAAAGAGAAAGCUGGCAGCCAAUUUCAUGUUGUUCAGACACCUCCCUGAACAGCUGAAGCCUGAGAGGAGCUACAGGAAGGCAGAUGUUCAUACUCUUUACCCAACAAAGCUCUGAGGGAUGCUGCACAUUACCAAGCCAGAAGUCGACCACACAGAGUUUAUCAAUAGGACUAUUUUAUGAAUAUGCUGUACUCUUUUUACAAAAUCUUAGUCUAACUUUCUGCAGGAAAAUUCAAUGUUUUUCAACUUUUAACUGUUAGAGUUCUACUCAUUAAGAAUAUAUUUUAUAAAGGCAGAAUCUGGUAGUAAUGCCAACUUGGGCAAUGAAAGCCUGCCUCUGUUGUCUAUCACACAGGCUAGAGAUAGAAGAUAAAAACUGAUUAAAGUGGACUGAUGAUCCAAGGAACUAUUCAUCUACCUUGAUCUCUAACUCUAACUAAUUCCUGCCUCACACAUCUUAAAUUACUAAGGCCUCAGAAGGGAUCUGUCACUUAAAUGUAAACUUAAAAAAGAAAAACAGGCUAAAUGUGGUAAAUGGUGAAGGGAAUAAAAUAGAUAACUUACAUAGGCUUUCAAUCAAAUAUGUAUAAAUUAACACCAGCCCAAAAUGACCAUUCACCCAAAAGGUGACAUGUCAUUUCAGAGGCUUUAUUUUACAUUAGUCAAAAGUCUUUUUUAAGGGAUACACAAUAUAGACAUGUUAUUGGCACUGGUGAAUGAAAGCCUAAAAAGUCAGUUACUGGUAUUGGUAGAUUUAAACAUUUCUCAUGCUGUGUAAAGCCCAUAAGGUGAUGCAUUCAUUAUGACAACUUGACAAUGCCAACAAUAGUCUUUAGCAGGUUGAGAUACUUACACAAUAUCAAAGUAUUUUGAAGUUACUGGAACUAACAACAAAAUAGCCAUUUGCAAGGCUUAUACAGCACAGGCAAUGCCAGGAGCAACACAACUCUCCCUUUAAACUACUGAAUAAAUUAUGCCCCUCAAGAUCAUCAUCGUCAUCCUGAAGAGUAUGAAGAGUUUCUAAAAAGUAAAAGUGAACAGCAAAAAUCUGUCAGCUGCCUUCAUAUUCAGCAGGGACCAAAUAUCUGAAUGUCUUUCACUGAAAGAGAAUAUGUUUAUCAUUUAUGGGAGAAUAAUAUUGUGCCACUUAUUUUAUGUCUAUUUCUGGUACAAACAGACUCUCACAACCAAAAUGAGUUUGAAAAUAUCAGAAGACCAGAUAAAGGCAGAAAUACUCAUUCUAAUACCUAAUAGAUAUCCAUUUAUUUUACAUGCAGCAUACAAUUUAUUGAUCCAAUAGCAGCAAACGUUUGGCACCCGGGGCUUCUCAUGACACAGAGAAGCCAAAUGCCAGAGAGAUGACUGAAGAGAAGGAAAGUCAAAAAGCAUAAGCAAUGGCACCAACACUCUGCACUCAGCUCCCCUAUGCUCCUUCUGUGAACUCUUGUUACAGAAAAGUGUCUGAAUAUGAACCGCUCUUACAAUGGUAUGAUAGGAUAGUGGGUAGAUGAAGCAAAAAUGCUGCAGUACUUUACUUCUGUGUUCAUUGUUCAUUGUAUUUAAAGCAAAACACCUAGAGGGACUCUUUGUUAUUGAAGACCUACAGUACUUGGCAGUAAAUCUAACUUAAAAACAACACAGACUGCAGCGUCAGACCAACAAAAGGAACAUACUAACUCCAGUAGUUGUUUUCAUCUUAAAAACAGAAAAAUAAUUUAAAGAAAAACAAAUGACCUUUUUAUAAAAGAAGACUGUAUCCUGGAAAAGACAAAGGUAUUUACAAAAAUGGGAAACUGUUAAGAGUAGUGGGGAGGACUGGGUUUUUAGGUUUUAAGGCUAUUUCUCAGGUGAGUCAUGCAGAGCCAGUAUAGCAAUGCAGUAUCCCCAGCAAUAAAAAACUGAACAUUAAAACAUAUGACAGAUAAAAUAUUGCAGUAAUACUUGCAACUUCAUUCUCACAGCAGGUGAGCCUUGUUACUCAAGGCACACUAUGCGAAAGCAAAAUAACAACAGUAGCAACAAGCUGCACAAAACAAUCAAAACAACAAUGUUUAAAGGUACAUAACUGCUAUGAGACACUGCAUUAUGAUCAACACGUUUAAGGAGAGACAGUACAGCCGAGAUCUCUGUCAGUCUAGUCAUCUGAAGGGGCUGCAGAGCAAGAGGAGCUCCAUACUAGUCUGUGACUGGCAACUGUCAUGAAAUAUACUCGGGCAGCAUUGAAUAUCCGUACACUGGUUCUUUGCACAGAUUUAGUCUAUGUAGGAGAAAUAGUGCUUUAACAAUCAGCAUGUGAAAUUGACAUUGUGCAAGAGGGCAUGUGUUUUUGAACAUAUUAAUGGCUUGAUUCUUAUAGGGUAAGAAUCACAGUUUGUUUAACGUAAAAAAGGUCAUGAAAUAAUCACUGACUCUACAGUUAGGCUGCUCAAUAUUUCCUUUUAUGCUCAUUCUAAGUUUUUCUUUUCUAUUAUUAUGAAUCAACUAAUCACAGCUUUUCCAAAACUAAGUCAUACCGUGCACUCUUCCCUUGCUCAGAGAUCUUUUAAAUCACUCCUAAACUAGGAUUCCUCAUUACGAAUGUUUCAGCUAAGACGGCCCAUAUGUUUGUGAAGACAGGCACAGGUCUCAGGAUUUGGAUAAACGCUUACAACAAGACAAGACAUGCGGGCAACCUAAAAAGAAGGCAACAAAAUAACCCAAGUUUCUUCAAGCGCAUAUGACAUUUUGCAUGUGACAGCCAAAGGUUAACUCCUACAAACGUCUGCACCAUCUGGACUGCUUCCAUUCCUCUGAAAAAUGUUACCAUGAGAUUUUAAACACAUGACCAGUACAGCGUGUCACAUGCUGUGUGGAGUCAAACUGCUUUCUUCAGUUUACAGUUGGUGGGUUUAUUUUUUUGGUGCAUUAAUCUGUAGGUUAACAUGGCUCUUUACCUCCUCUGGUCACCUUGGACUCACCUCAAAAUAUGCGGCUCCCUCCCCCUCCUCCAUGCCUUCCCAUUUUUCCACCUCAUCUCCCCUCUUCAUCCAGACCUCUUUUUCUUGCUCAAUCGACUUCAACCACUCAGCAUCACCGCCAUUAUUUCCCACCCAAGUCCUCAUCUCCUCGUCCUCCUUAAUCAAGGGGGGUUACCUUCUAAUGAUGCUCCAUAAUGCGACACUACAGAGAGGAGACACCGAUUUUUCAUGAUGAAUUAAUCCAAACGAGGAAUAUAACACAUUUGUUGCAUAAUGAUUUUUAGAUUCAUGAGAGUUGGGCUAAACCAUCAAAGUCAACAUUAGUUACAAAUACGGCAUUAAAGUAAAUCAGGGUUGCUGAAUAGGGCUGAUAUCAAGAGCACUGAGCACAUUUCAAGUGAAAGAGGGCUUCUACGGGAGGUGGCAUAUAAGUGUGGCCACUGAGGUGCAGGACAUCUAUCAUUAAAAGAAAGUGCAGGCUGAAAUCAACUGUGUUCUCUCUCUGCAGCACUCUGCCCUCCUCUUCACAUUGUCCUUUUCCUCUCUUGAACAAACAACAAGCAAUGUUGAGCCAAUAAGUUACCCUUUUCAUUCGUUCAGACUACAAAGGUUUGUGCGUGAGUGAGUGAGUGUGUGUGUGCAGUGGCGUUUGUCCCCUGCUUAGGUUAAAACAGCUGCCUUUGACUUGAGGCUAAGCCGAGCUGCAGUAAAUUGGAUUUCAUGCUCAGUCCUUCACAGUAGCAGUAUGCGACACCAAGACAGAGCCAUCUUUCCCUCCCUGCAAUCACGACAAAGUUAGCACAUGUGUUUCCUCAAAGGUUAACACACUUUUAUAACGUUUACACCGCAAUGGCAAAGCUGAUGUAACACAACAUUUAUACAGCUGAUCUGGGAGCUGGUUUUUAUGUCAAGUAGUCCAGAAAUGUGACAGCUCAGCGUUCCUGCAACAGAACAGCAACCAGGAGUCGUAAGGCAUUUAAACAGAUGACAAUCAUAGUCAUAGAGAUUGUGUCACCUGCCACUAAAUGUUGGAUCAACUCUUUUUAACGUUGCCUUGCAGAAAAGGCGAACAACACAGCAGAUCCACUAUUUUUUAUUUAUUUUUUUUUUUUAGGCUACAGUGUCGACUCUCUUUGCUGCAGUGCCAGUAUAGGGUGUUUGUUGGGGGAGGUAUAAUAAUCUACCAUUGAGACUCAUUUUAGAGCCUACAGUGCAAAUACAGAUGUGGGGCUGGUGUCAUAAGAUGCCAACGUGAUUGUCGUAAAUAUUGGUCUUGGUUUUAUUUUUAACAUUUGUUUCACUUUAAUUUUGGUAGAUGCAUGCAAAGAUAAUCCUCUGCUUGGACUUUAUUCUGUUCCCCAGUCUCUUGGUCCUAUCAUGGAGCACAAAAACAGAGGCAGGCACUGAAUACAGAGAGGCUCCAGCAACAUCACUGACAUUGACAUUACCUCUGUGAUCAUUAAACCUAAAUUGGCUUAAUGAAUUGCCAAUUUAAGAGGCCGUAGUCACAGCAUUUCGACCAGUGUGUGCACACGUCUCAGUUUGUGAAAUCCACAGUGGCGAUUAGAUCGUGUCCCUGGAUGUCUAUUUUUCUUUUUUUCCUCCCAACUACUCUGCAUCUCUUCAUUUCUGGCCAGCUACCUCUCGCUCACAUUUCAUGCAAAAAUUCAAUAAGCUAUUACACGGGCAUUGAUCUUUUUCUCAGCCAAACAUUUGCAUUAGAAAAAAAAAAGGCAAUAAGAUGAGGGUCUGGGUGAGAGGGAGCUGUCUGUUCGUUUUAGAGGAGAGAAAGAGCAAUAGACAGAGCGGCCUGGAUUUAUAGAGUUUGGCAGCACUUUAACACUUUAACGCUCCUCAGAAUGUGUCCAAUCAAUGCGCUCCCUCCCUGCGUGGCCGCUGUUGAAGAGACGUGGCGUUCAUUUAUCUGAUGUCAUUGUAAAUCACUCAGGAGGAGGGUAGGUCAAGGGAUGCUGCUGCCACUGCUGCUGCACUCACAGCACAUCCAGCUGCUGUGGAAUGGCAGAGGAUAUCACUCCAUCACUAAAUAUAUCACUCUACUGUGAGUGUCUCCACAGUGAAUUUAGAUUUAUAAGAAACAGAAGACUUGCUUUGACCUUUAAGUUCUAAUGUGGCAUAAAAUGAGCUGGGGAUUUACCAGGAGCGUGUCAGGAAUAUGCUCCACUGACCAAAGGGGAAACACAAUGAUGAUACCUCUGGACUGAUCUAUAAAGCUUAACCGUUAUUGUCUCUCUGUGAGCUUCGUUAACCACAUGUUUAAUUACCUUCCAGACGUUCCCCACCGUGUAAUUUAAUUUUUGAUAGAAUAACUACAAGAAAAAGAACCCUCAGAGCUUUGGGAAGAGAGGUGUGAUAAUCUUUUGUAUUUUCUUCAACAAAUCCCCAGAGCGGAGAAACACCUUUAAUGAACAUCAAACAAGUAUCAGAGUAGCAUGAUAAAACUAAUAAAUCUGGUCAGUGAGCUCCACUGAUGCCCAUAAACUACAAGAUACACAGAGUGAGUUACACCACUGGCGAGGUGUAGGCUCUUUGUAUGAGUAUAUGGGCCAUAAAUAACUGAUGUAGUCAUCGAAUGAAUUUGUGUCAUUCUAUUUUCAGACAUUUUGUGUGUUUUAUGAUAUUGUUUGUUUUGAAAAGUUCGCUUUGGCAACAAAGGUUGUUACCAUUUUUGCCAAUAUGGCAUCUUGCACUUAGGGAUGCACCGAUCCCAUAUUUGGAUUGGAUAUCGGCUCCAAUAUUGACUAAUUAACUGGAUCGGAUAUCUGACGAAUGAUGCCGAUCCAGCGUUCCGAUCCAGUCUUUUUUUAUUUUUAAUUAAUAUCAUACACAGCAACACAGUGAUGCUGUCUGCUUUAUAUUCUAUGUCUGUCUAUCCUUUUGCUCUAAAUAUUUACAUGGACGUGUUACCUCUUUUUGCUGUGUGCUAAUGUGUAAUUUGUUAAUAAAUAAUAUUAAAUAAAUUUAUAUCUGUGUUAAUUUGUUACCUUUUUUUAACAAGGCUAAUGUCAAGCCUGAUGCCUUCACUCACAGGGCAGUUCAUUCAUUCAACAGUAGUAUCUGAUCGGUAUUGGUCGAUAGGCUCAGCCCAGGUAUCGUAUCGGACUGGAUUGGAAAAAAAUGGAUUGGUGCAUCCCUGCUCGCACUUAAACUUAAAUAUAAAUGAUAUAGCAAUUGUGGAGUCACUAACAAGUUUGUCAGUGUCCAUUUCAGUUUCUCAUCAUGCUGGUUCACUAAAGCCAGAAGUGACCAUAUUUGAACAUGAGGAUGGUGUUGGGGAGGAAGGGUGAGAAAAUGCCAAGUUAUGGAAGCUUGUCAUGGCUAAUUAGCUGAUUUAGCUAACAAUUUUGAUGCUGUUUGUGGUGCAGACCAAAAGAACCUGACUGAAUGACACAAAUUCUAUCAUAUAAAAUAACCUCAUCAUAGUGAAUCUUUAAUCUUCUCAAAAAAUGGGGUAAUUGUUGAUCGGUAACACUUAAAUUGACGCCUCUCUCUAUAACGCAUUAUAAAUAUAUGUAUAAUCACGUUAUAAUCACGUUAUAACUGUAGUAAUAAACACUCAUAAAUGAUCAUAAUGCUUAAUAUGCAUAACACGCUAUAAACCAUUUUAUCAUGACUAAGGUCAGGUAUUAUAAUGUGUUAUGCUUAUUGUUAAAAAGCCUUAUGAUAAUUAAUGAGUGUUUAUAAUGAUAGUUACACAUGUUUAUAAGCAAAUAAUAACACAUUAUGAAUAUAUGUAUAGUGCAUUAUCUAUGUGGGCAUUGUCAGUGAGUUGUUUACAGUCAUAACACAUUAUAAUUCCUGACCUUGUAAGUCAUGUUAAAAUGCUUUAUAAUGUGUUAUGAUUGUUGCUGUAAAGCAUUAUGAUCAUUUAUGAGUGUUUAUAACUAUAGUUAUACGGUGCUAUAAUGUGAUUAUAACACAUUAUACAUUUAUUUAUAAUGUGCUAUAGAGAUAGGCGUCAAAUUAAGUGUUACCUAAAUGUCAUUACUGAGAACAACAUGCUUAUUCACUGGAAACUAGGAAAGAGACCUCCUAAAUGGUCUAUUAAUUCAACAAACAGAAAAGUUAGCAAUUUGAUAUGUCUGAUAUUUGUAAGAUAAAAUCCGCAGCAGGACUAUUAACACAACCAACUUAGUGACUUAGUGACUGAAUUAGCUGAGAUGACACCUAGCACACAGCUAUUGUCAACCAACCUGUCACUCUUACAAAUAAUGAAACAGAGUCAUAUCAUUAUAGCAAGACAUUUUUUUCAAACCCGUCAGGAGAAUCAAAGUCUGCCAUGAUAUAGUUUUUGCACUACAGACAUAUUCAUCUUAAACACUGGUUUUAUUCUUUGUAAACAUUAUGAAUUUUAUCCUCAUGAGGAAGAUUUGCUUACACAGACAUUGUGGAUGGCAGCCAUGGCAGCGCGUAAAACGUGUUGUAGUGCAGUGAUUUGUGACAAAAAAUAUCUAUACUGCUUUGAAAGCAAAGCCGACAUACUAAUCAGCCAUCAUUUUUUAAUAUAUUUUACUUGAAGUCAUAUUAAGCUUAGGGAUACAUCUUAAUAAACAGUUAAUUUACGACUAUGUUUUCAGUUUGGGUCUGUUCAUGUGAUUUGUUUCCUCAAAAUCAUUAUCAUAAUUUAAGUCCCAGAUUUUUAAAACACUUUUGCAUGUAUUCAUCCCUCUGUGCUAUCUUGUGCUGGGUGUUCAGUCAUUCCCUUCGGUUGGAUGUGGGUGGGGGCUAAGGUGUGUUACUCAGCUGUUUCUUUAACCACACUAACCUCCCUGUGGUUGCUUUGCGGAGGUGAUAAUGGCGGCCAUGUGAGCUGUGGCAUCCAUGGCAUGCCUGUAAGACAUUUAAAGCAUAACCUGCACUUGCAUAUCACAGUUCCCCUCUUACCCUCUACAUCCAGUCCUUCCUUUGUGCAGCACAUGCAAAAUUAGCCGCCAGACAAAAAAGACAACAGUUACAGCUGAGCUUCAGCUGUCAUGGCCUCACAAGGACUGAAAGAGCCUGAAGAGGAAUGCUAGAAGGGGAGACUUUCCCCUCCAUCUAUUUCUGAUCCUGACAGAACAUUCUUCACAUCUCCCCUGCUGUCAGUGAAAAAAGCAUUCUAUGCUGCUACCAAAAUAGCUUUUUCUUCCCCUCAUUUUACAAGUGACCAGUUUUCUUUUCAAAUGUCACAAAAUUGGUAAGUAGUCAUCACAAAGCAGCGGCAAUAAAGGAUGAUGAUUGCAUAUAAUCUCUGGAGAAAAGAUUAUACAAAUUCUCUCUGCGUAGCCAGAUAGGGCCUGAAGCAGCCUGCUGGUGAACGCUGCAGAAAAGAAUGAGUUCAGGAAGGAGAAGUGAAAAGAAAGAGCGCAAAAACAGAAAGAGGAUGAGGAGAAGCAGGAACAAAACAACUUGGAGGACUGGUAUGAGGGGAACUGCAGAAUAGGGAGACAGUGGCAGGCAGACAGAAUAAGAGACCAUGAAAUGGAGAUAGAAAACAGCACUUGGCAAAAGAGAGAAAGAGAGAGAACGAGAGAGACAGAGAUGGAGAAAAAGCGGAUAUCUGCAGCACCCCAGCUGCGAAGCUUAAGGAGCUUAGCCCUCCUGCCCAUCACAGAAGACUCCUCAAGUGCAGGCAGUCACCACUGCUGAGCUACAACUGAGAGAAAAGUAAGAAAGGCAGGGAGAGGAGAGGUUUGUUGGGCUCAGUGUGAGGGAAAAAUGAAGGGUUUAGAUCUUUACAUGAGUUAGAUGUGUUUGAACAGUGACAGCACUUUUCUGUGGCACAUAUUGAUGCUGAGCCUCAACGUGGGAGCUUGAUUUAAGGUUAUACUUUGAGAAUACCUGUUUUGUUGCCAAGAUUUAGAUGAAAAGAUCAAUACUAAUCUGGUGUCUGCAAUGUAGUUAUAAAGCUGCAGCCAGCACAGCAUUGUCUCACAGAGAUUGGUGAAAAGACCAAAACAUCAUUACACUGCAUUUUAUAGUGCAUAUUAUGUACUAGAUUUAGUGCCUGGGUAAUAAGAGGUAUUCCAUUGUAAAGUUUAUUAGCAUGCGGCUUGUAGAGGGAAAAACCUUAAUAAAAUGAAGUGAGGUAGAAUAAAAUGUAAAAAUGAGGUGGCAGACUUUUGACCACCACCUUUUUAAACCUUAUCGUGUAGUUUCGGUACCUAACCUUAAACAAACAGCCAUUAUGUCACCAUACUGACAGUGUGGUGGAAAGGUUUUUGACUUGCAGUGAUGAAAGACUGAAAAUUCAGGCAGACAGGGACCUGGCUUUGUCCUGAGGUAAAAAAAACGCCUUGUAGUCAGGGCUCGGCGAUAAAACGAUAUAUCCAAAAUUAAUUUCCCUUGAUAUCGGUAUGGAACAUGGUCAAUGUGCUUUUCAAUAUACGGCAUUCUGCCAUGUUUUGGUAGACUAUACGAAUAGCCAAUGAAAAGGAGAUUUGUUCGGUCCGCUCCGCUCUGAACCAAUCUUGUGCUGAAUUAGAGCCAAGUAGCAAACAAGUGCGUAGUAGCAGGCUGCAGCUACACCCAACCAUAGCACUUAAAUACGUAAAGCCGACAGCACUGUCGGUGAGAAAAUAAGAAAAUGAGUGCUACAACAGAUGGCGACAUCGUCGACAACACUGGCAUGAUAACGUUGGUGAUGUGAAGGAAAGUUUUUUUGAGGUCGGACAUGAAGCAGAGUAAUGUGCACUGCAAAUUAUGUCGAGUGCAUGAUCUCGCAAAGUCAGGGAAUACCUCAAAUCUUUUUUUACCACCUGAAGUAGAGCCACGCAGCAGAGCACACGCAACGUCAUGGUUUACAAACACCGAGCUGAGCAAGGAGCCCAUGGGGCCUGAGCAGCCGAAACAGUCAGUCUGCUUUCUCUAGCGCAGUGGUUCUCAAGUCCAGUCCUCUAGGCCCACUGUCCUGCAUGUUUUGAAUGUUUCCCUGCUCCAACACACCUGAUUCAAAUGAUCAGCUUGUUAUCAAGCUCUGUAAUGGCUUAAUAACGAGCUAAUCAUUUGAAUCAGGUGUGUUGGAGCAGGGAAACAUCCAAAACACGCAGGACAGUGGGCCUCGAGGACUGGACUUGAGAACCACUGCACUAGUGCAAUGCCUUAUGAUGAAAUGUCGAAGACGUGAAGACCUCACAGAUGCAGUAGAUUAUUGUAUUGCAAAAGACAUGCUACCAAUAAGCACUGUUAAAUUUUUUUAUAUCAUGAUAUAUUGAUAUUGACUAAUAUGGAAAAUAUAUAUUGUGUUUAACUUUUUCCCAUAUCUCCAUGCCCUACUUGUAGUAGUGCAUCUAAAUUUUACAGAAUUAACACAUUUAUCUACCCCUUUCAUAAAGAACGGGACAAAUAUUCUCAAGACCCAAGAAAGUUGUUGCUUACAGCCUAAAAAUACUCUAUAUGCAUCGAACCUAAGAAGUCUGAAAGCAUUGAUGUCACCAACUUAUUUACAAACCACGUACAAUGAUUUCCUUUCAUAAUCAUCCACAUAAUACAUUUGAUCGACCAUAUCUGUUUGUGCAUCUUUCACAGGAAGUGUAAGCCGACCAGGGCCAGUUCCUGCCUUCCUCAGGAGCCCACCUGUCAUCCCAACCCCACUGGACAUGAAGCCCUUCCUCCAGUUCCCCUUGGAGUCGCCUCACCCGGCGAGCAUCGGCCUCUUCCACAAUUUUAACACGGUGAGUGCUCACAGGCUUUCCUGCACUUUGUGUGUGCAAUUUGUUUUACAUAAAAAAGGACAGCGCUGGGAUUUAGUCACAGCUCGGGACAAAUACCUUCUGAGUGAAUAAACAAGUGAUAAAGUGCUGAAGGUUUAUACCAUAUAAUCCAAAAUGAUAAGGUGACAGCUGUUUACUUUUUAUUUAGCAGAAUGAGUUUCAGCAUAAUUGAGAAAAUGCCCAGUGGAGUGUUUUACUGCAAUAAAAUGAGUAACAGCUAAUCAAUUGUAUAAGAGGCCCACCAUGUGUUCUUAACAGUCAGCACUUUCUACGGCUCCUGCUCAUUUCCAGAUUGGGUUUCAUGUGAAGGUCAGAGUGGCGACAAACAGGGUUUCACAUGCAUCUCUCUCUCUCUCUCCCUCCCUCCCUCUCUCUCUCUCUCUCUCUCUCUCUCACACACACACACACACACACACACACACACACACACACACACACACACACACACACACACACACACACACACACACACUAUUGUCUCGCUCAUUGUCAUGCACUCAGGCAAAAUGACUUGUCUGCAGGUUCAUGAUUCAUCCAGCUUCAGGGAGUACAGUGAGUGUGUCCACUAAUGCCCGUACACCUCACUUUAAAUCCCCCUGUCUACACAGAUUGUUAUCAAUCAUAUUUCAAGGAUGGACUUAAAUUCUGACAGGAUCAUGACCAUUUUAGAAUAAGCAGUGUUUUAGUUAAAGCCGUGACCCUGUCUUCACAGUUGUGUUACAGUCGGGGUUGAGUCUUCCAGUAGAGACUGAGAACAGUAUCAGGUCUGAUUCAUCAGGAUUACAGGAAGUUUUUAGCCAAUUAGGAAUCUCAGGAGUUUAAAACUGGUCUCAACUCCCUGCUUAGAGACGAGGGCUGCACAUUGAUGCAUGGUGUGUGAUGGAGAAGGAGACAGUAUGCCUGUCUGCAUAAAGAUCUGUAACACUUCAGCGGAAAAUACCCUUUCUCACCUGGGCUGGAGUUUGGAGAGCAUUUUAUUUGUCUGUGUGUCUGUUCUGGAGAGUGGUUUCAGCAGACAGUUGAAAUGAUAAAGAUUGUCAUCAUAUCAUAUCCAAACCGUGCUUUGAAAACAUUCAAGAUCGCUUUUCAAAAUUACCUUUUUUUUUUCAUUUUUUGCGUCUUCACCAGAGCGAUGGUUAGAGUUAUUGACUCAUAAUAUGAUUUACAGAACACAGAGUUCAAACAAAGUGCAGAGAACAUGAAAAUAAAUAUAACCACUUAUUUUUACCUGCACUGUUUAAAGGACUAUACAUAGCUUGAUAUGGUGUUGGUUUAAUGAAUAUUCUGAUAAUGAUAAAGCUGAGAUAUUCAAAGGGAUAAUGAGUUAAAAUUAAGAAUAACAUUUAUUAUUAUGGGUUUCAGUUAUCUAUUCUUUUUUGCAUCUGGAUAGCUGAGCCUUGAACAAGGUAAAAACUGUAUCAAAUCUGUCAUCUCUUACCUGAGCUGUAGGGCUGGGCGGUAUGUCGUUUGACCAUUGUAAUUGUGAAGUGGGCACGUGCAAUGAUCACAGUGUGAAACAUAUCGUGUUUCCUAUCAACACUUUCUUGUAUACCAUAACCAAUUGACAAAAAAGUCAGUCUGGUAAAUGGUGCUGCUGGCCCAGUGGUCUACGUACACGCCCAACUUACAGAGGUUACGCCUUAAGGUUCUGGCCUGGGUUCAGUUCCAGUCUUUGGCUCCUGUCCCUCAUGUCACCCCCACUCUUUCUCCCCAUUUCCAGCUGUGUCCACUUUCCUGUCCUCCCUAAAUAAAUGCAACAAAAGUCUAAAAAUAUCAUUUGACUUUUAACUUACUAUCAGCGGCAUUUUUUUUUUUUUUUGUAGCAAUCCAAAUGUUUAUAGUAAUAUGUUGCUCCACCUGUUUUCUCUCCUCCUCUUGCCUCUGUACUUCUCCAUGUGGGUGUCAAAGCCAAUAAUAUGUGUCUGCAGAGCCACUGUCAGAGGGCUGGACACAAUCUGAUCAGAAAACAGAAUAGUCUAGUCUAGUCAAGUUUCUUGUAUUCAUUCAUAUCCCGAAAUGAAUUGCAAAAGGAAAAAUAUCACAACUUCUGUGUCUUUCUAAGUAUCCUGAAGCCCUUGUUCCUGGUUUAGUUGUGUGACCCUGUACUGAAAAAUAAAACAUGAGCCACACUCAAUUGGAUAACUCUCAGGUGUUGUUAAAUCAACAUGUGAGACAAUUUUGUCAAAUUUGUGAAAUAAAUGCAAAAAUGAGCACAGAGACCUUUCAUAUGUUUGAGGUUUGUUGUUGAAGAGUUGAGCUGUAAUUAAGCUAAAAUCCAGUGGUCCAAACAGCAUUAAGUUUACAUACUUUUGACAAAGGUUUGAUUGGUAGAUGGAAGAGAGGCUAGAAAAUUAGAUUAAGUAGACGAUCAGUUGAUUAAAUUUUCACAGUAGCAAUAAACAAGCAAGAUUUUGGUGAGACAUGGAGUAGUAAAUAAAUGGUAGGAAUCAUAAGUUAACAUCGUAAACAAAAGCUCCCAAUACGAGGUGAUGGGGUUUCCCUUUUUUUCACCUCAUCGGUAACAAAUACUGACACAGAAAUAAGGGCAGCAUCUGGUGUGGGCAAGGAGACAAAUAUGCAGGUGAAAACAUAUCUGAGGGUGUAACAAAUGUACAAAUGAAAAACACAAUAUAGAAGAGAGGUGCAUAAGAGACUUAAUCAGAGACAGGAGGGAAAAUCAGCAGGCUGCAGUCUAUAAAUACACCCAACAUUACAGUCUAACAGGGUUUGGGUUUUCAGACCAAUUAUACUAUAUUCCCUUGUGCCUGAAGCUUGAGAGUGUAAACAGUCUCAAAUUUGGCAGCGAACAUUUACAGUCUGAGCAGAAGAUGAGAGGCUGAGUAAAACCGCAGCGUAAUUUGGCUGCCAAAUGAGGGCAACACCCAACGUUGUGGUUCUUGAACUCUGCCAGUGGGUCAAGGAGCUCACACGAGUUUACUCAAUUCAUUUCCAAAUAUGGCACUAAAAAUAUCCUGAGAAAAUAUCAUGAUAUAAAUUUGGUUUGGGUGCUACUUAUAAAAAAAGGCUGGAGCCACAUUUGGUCAUAAUGAAGGGGUAUUCCAGCGUAAAAUUAAGUUAUGGUCAAACACAACGUAACACCGAGUUAGACACCCCGUCAUGAGAUAAAUGUUGCCGACCGCUUACUUCUCUAUACUAACUAUAUUAACAACCACAUGAUAGCAAAACACAGCGGUCUAAGGAGCCACAAACAAACCUCAACCAAAAUGCCACUUUAUAGCCACAAAUAAUGCUCAGAACAGCACCUAACUUCAUCAACAGUACACAUAGGGUCCCAGCCAUAGCACUAGCCAUCAAACAUCUUUUUAGCUUUGGCUAAUUUCUUUAGCAAAGAGACUAAACACAACUCACCUACUCUCUUCCAGCAGCCCCUUGCUUGUAAGGAGACCUCAGGCCAGUCAUUACAGACUGCAGAGGGGGGACGCAGAUCAAGGAAGAACAUUUAUGAUAAUUACUUUAUCAUUUCCUUAAAGUUAUAAUCACCAUAUUAAUCAUUUUGCAUUGCAGAGUAGUUCUGAUGCCUUAGCGUAUUGGUCUGACUGCAUUUCCAUGAAGAAAUGAUCAUUCCUUGAGCUGCGUCACCCCGCUGCAGUCGAUGGACUCGUCUGAGGUCUCUGUACAAACAAGAGUUAUGUUUGGUCUCUUUGCUAAAGAAAUCAGGCAAAGUUAAAAAGAUGUUUGGUGGCUAGUGCUAUGGCUGGGACCCUAUAUGUACUGUUGAUGAAGUUAGGUGCUGUUCUGAGUAUUAUUUGUGGCUAUAGAGUGGCUUUUUGGUUGAGGUUUGUUUAUGGCUCCUCAGACAGCUGUGUUUUGCUAUCAUGUGGUUGUUACCAAAGUUGGUAUAACUAGAGAAGCAAGCGGUCGGCAACAUUCAUCUCUCAAGGGGGUGUCUAACUCGGUAUUACAGUGUGUUUGACCAUAGCUUAAUUUCACACCAGAAUAUCCCUUCAAGCAAUGUCAGUUGACAUCAAAUUCAGGAUAUUUAAUGAAAAUCUAUGGGUCCACUCAGUUUUUUUACAUUUAUUGUUCCUCUUCUUUAAAUUAUGUAGCAAUUCCCUUUAGGACGAAGAUAACUGGUGCCCUGUGUAUUUCAACUUUCAAUGGUUUUACCUUUGAAUUGACAUAACAGAACACCUCACAAAUAACUUUGGUUGUGUUUAACAUAAAACUUAUUCAGUGUAAUCAUAAUCCUCUGGUCUUGUAUGUAAAGCUGGGCAUCUGUGUUAUGUUCAGCCAUUUUUAGUGUAUCAAAAUAUUAUUUGUUGGUAUCACUAUCAUUUUGUGUACUCAUUAUUGCAAAUGCAGAUCACAGUUCCCUAAAGCCAUAUCAGAUCAGAAUCCACUCUUCCUCAGCUAGGUCGUGUCUAAUGUACGUUUCAUUUUCAUCAAGAUUCCCCACAGGAAACACCUCAAACAUUUCAAACAUUUACCAAACGUGAUGUUUUGAAAAACAAAGGUUUUGUAGCACACAAACAAACUAGACAUUUUAUAGCAGCAGAGAAGCUGUAAUUAGGCCCCUCUAACCUCGGCAUGAGUUAAAGCGUUUGAACGGCACCCAAAAACUGAGGCACAGACAGCAACACCAGCUGCUGCAGAGAAAACACACACCCCCCUGUCCACAUCAAUCAAUGCUCCCUCUUCAAUUCACUCUUCUACGCUCUUUUUAUCUUCAAGCUUCUCCCUUCAGCGACUCCCCUGUCAUUCACCUGCACUUUUUUUCAACAUUACUCCCUCUCAUCCUCGUUCACAGGGCUGCAGUUAGGGGAAUCAGAGACACUGCCCUCUGAGCUCUUACUGUGUUGCAGAAUAGCUGAUAUGACCUCUGGAUUGUCUCUCCUCAGAUGGACCCUGUCCAGAAGGCUGUGAUGACGCACACCUUCGGGCCACCUAUGGUGAAGACAAAGCGGCCAAUCAUUUCCUGCAACGUAUGUCAAAUACGUUUCAACUCAGAGGUAUGAAAUCUGGAGUGGCUUAAAUGUGGGGACUGCUUUUAAUGACAAUUCCCCACUAUCUGUGCACUAAAGCCAUUCCUCACACCGCAAUAAUCCAAUCAUACUGUAGCAGCCAUUACUGAGAGCUGCUGUGAUUCAAACAAAUCUAAAACACUAUGAACAAAGCAGUGGAAAAAGUGAAACUUUGACAUGGUGUUUGAUUCUGGAGGGUUAUGUCUUAUACUGCAGUCAGGAUCAGAGUUGGUGUAUCUAUUUGGAUGUUUGCUGCAAAAAUCAGCAGGUUUUUCUUUCAAACUUACAAGUUCCAGUAACAACAGUAACCAAGCAAACCAUAAAUGUAACUUUGGGUGUGAUUAACAAAUUUAAGAUGUGAAAAAAAAAAAAAAAAACACAGCAGCUUUACAGUGAGGGGAAAUUACACUAAAUUAAUUUUUAUCCAAGUAAAAACUGCUACCAAGACCUUCAAUACUCCAACUUACGAAAAAACACGACCAAAAAUAUUUAAAAGGAUGCUGAGUUAGCAUUUUCAACAGCUAAAGAUUCAUUUUCCAUAAAUCUGUAUAGCUACAUGGAAGUUACUGACAGGCUGAUUAUACAAAACAUACAGCUUUGACACAUUUCAAAGCUUUUUAGCCCAACCGAAUGCUACAACAACUUUUUUUUGUAAUCUAAUGUACAUCUUUUGAAGUGCUUUUCAAAUGACUACAGUAUGCUCAACAAAUGGAAUAAAAUAAAAUGAUGUCUUCUUGGCAUUAUUUUUGCUUUGCUCUCCUGAUUCAUUUCAUAGAAAUAACAGGGUUAGUGUAUCGAACUCUGCUGCAAUAUGUCGACCACAAAUGCAAAACUCAACACAAGCAAAAGGACUUAAAGUUGAAAACAAUAGUUUUGGUUGCAAAUAGCUGACACGUUUAACAUACAUUUAAAUUUUCUCUAUUAAAACAGAAAAAAAUAUUUGUUACCACAAUGCUAUUGGCUAUCACGCUAACAAAGACAUGAUUGAGGUCAAACUUCAAAGUGUAGCUCCCAUAGCGCUCUACGUAUUCACUCCUGAUCUAUUCAGAGAGUUUGUAGGGACCAGAGUUAGUUUGUGGCUGAGAGUACAGCUGAGCAAGUGAGAUGUCUGUUCACAGUUUCUCAGUUCCAAUUUUAACCCACCUACAAAGGAGAGUAGAAGGGGGGGACACCCUGCUUGCAUAGUAUUCAAUGACAGAGCUGGUUUAUUUUCAUGUCUGUCUACACAUAUUUUUUAAAUAUUAUUUCAGCCAAACAAACGAAGAGACGGAGCAAAUUGAACCAAGUUUGCAUAUCCUUUUAAGCUGGAUUUUUUUUUUUUUUUUUUUAAUAUUUAGUCGGGCUACCUUUGGUGAACCUUGAUAGUAUAUCUUCAGAGCUAAGACAGAACCUGAGUGCAGGUUUUCAUGACCACUGGAGAGGUUUUUGUGGAUGAGCGUAAAAUGUGACAGGGUCAAACAGCUUACAUGAGCUUGUCCUCAAAGCUACCUUGAAGCUGAUUGUGCACAUUUUUUGCAUUUCACUCUUGACAGAUGGAGCUACUCCAACAUGAAGCACUGAAGGACUGAAAUUAAAGAGGCCAGAAGUGAUGAAACUCUAUAGGACUGAUUCGAAUGCUUGCAUUAAAGAGGCAGUAGUGUUAACCAAGGCUGAAAAGUAAAUAACUCAUAAUGCGGACAUCCAAAACCUUGUUACUGAAUGACAUGAUUGAUGUGUUAAGGGUCUGGUGCUGGACCUUUACAGUAUGUUUUUGUAAGCAUGUGGGUGGGUAUAUAUUUUUAUGGCCUGAUACUAUCUCUUUGCAAGAGAAAUGACAGGUCAGAUAACACGUUGCCUGGUUGGAUAAAAGGUUUUGACACAACUUUGAUGAAUCUCCGUAAACAUAUUUACUGUCAAAAACUGCUUAAAACUUGCAACAAUUUUACUUAGAAAUUAAAAAGACGUAAAAUCUCUGAGCUGAAUUCCCCUCACAAAUAACCAUCUUGAUGUGUUUUGAUCAAUACCAAACUAUUUUUUCUGUACACUGUAACCUAAACAUGAGGAGAAAUCAAACAAAAGUAAAGCAAACAAGUGCAGCUAAAAAUAUGAUUGCAUUCCUGUGAUCGAGUGCUAAAUACUUGCACUCUAAAUGCAGCGGUGUGUAAAGGACACAGUCAGGGAGGGAGUCAUCCGAAACUCAUGUAACACUGCCAUGUUCUCUCUGCGAGGGGCUGCUUAAUUAUAUCUCCCCCGCUCAGAUCCGCAUGUUCUCACGUGGUCUCUGCAGAACACAAGUGAGGGGGGGGGGGCUGCUUUAAUUUACUCCAGCAAGUUCAUAUUUACUUUCUCUGUAUUCUUUAUGUAACUACAUCUGUACGUGGAUAAAAAAUGCUUACAUGUAUGAUCUGGCUGGUAACUAGACUGUGUAAUGGAGUGAGAACUUAAAAACUGAUCUACCUGAUUGUUCUGCCUGCUGUUAAACUUUUGAGCUGAGUGGUGCGUCUGCUCUGCUGCAGCUAUAGAGCUUUUUCCAUGGUAACCUGAUAGACUGGGAGCUUAAAGCAUGGUGAGCAUUCUUUAAUAAUGAAGGAAUACCCUGCUUAAAGGACACUACUCUGCUCACGCAGGCUGUUCGGACUGCACCUAAAUUCUCAAAAAGAAAAACACUUAUACUUUUACUUAUUUAACCAAGUGGUGGAUACUGUAAAUCAUCUUUGGUUGAUGUAAACAAAACAACAAUGCCUGAAAUGCUUUAAAAUGAUGCUAUCUAGUACAUUUACAGUCAAAGAACCCUUUGACUACAUUUUGUGUGUUACCCUAAGCACUAUCAACUCUGCAGCAGAUUGAGAAGAUAAUCACGGAAUAGUAGACACGCUUUCUCUCUUUCUCAUGUUGCAGAAACAGCUCUCAAAUUCUUUAGCAUAGCUCUUUGUGUGAGGAAAUACCCUUCUGCAUACCCCUGCAUAGUCAUAUCAGUGCAGAAUUGGUGCAGUCCUGUGGAAAAGGUUUAUUUUUCAUUGCAGAUUUUAAAAAAAGGCACUAUAUUGACAGAGCUAUAAAUUCUUCCCCUAAAAUCAGUAUCAAUCCUCCUCUACUCCCGUAAUGUCCUCUUCAGUUCCAAACAAUUGUUAUAAUAUUGAUGUUUUCGUUCCUUGUUUGUGAAGGCUGACAUUGAACAGGAGUUCAUGGGUCCUUCUGCAAAGUGAAACAUGGAUUGGUAGAGAACACCUAGCAGGCUUUAUCCUGUAGCCACUCAUGUCGUACUUGUAACAUUGCAAUGCGUUUCAGGCCACAAAGGACAAAUUAGCCUGCCGGUGUUUAGCUCGGCUCUGCUGCAAGGCUUACGUCACACUGUGCUGCAUUAGCCAUCGUCACCACUGCAGUACCACACUGGAUGUGUCUCUCUUCCUGUCUUUUCAAGCUUCUUGUUCUCCACACCAAACAUUGGCUCAUUCCUGUCUUCAGUCUGCUCAGCAUGUCAGUUUGUACAACCAUUUCCCCAGUCAGUUUUUAUGUUUCUUCAUGUUUUUCCCUCUUUGGAGUGAACUGUAUCAUCUGUCCCUCUCUCCCUCUCUCCACCUCCACUGCUCCUGCACACCCCCUCUUCCUGUCGCUGCUGCCAGUACCCCCGUACAGUAGAUUUGGCUGCUAGACCCGCUCUCCCUGCUUUCUGCGCCUUUGUCGCUUUAUAGAUAAAACAUCAAAGCACAUCCUGCUUAGAGAGAAAAAGGAUUUCAGGGACAUUCACUUGUUCUCAUUUUCUCCCUCUUUAAUCCCAUCUCUGCUUCUUCAUUCAUCUUAAUCCCCCUUUCCAUAGGCUCUCUCGUCACCUCUCUCAGUCCAUUUCACCUUCUGUACCGAACAUCAUUUAUAAUUUAUCAUUAUUCACUUUUUGACUCUUAAGAUCAGAUAUGUUGAUCUCUUUUACAUCUCAUCAACUACUAGAUCCCAUCCCACCCAUGAGGCUUUCAUUUUUCUUUAUAGCUAGAAUUGAUGGCUCAACUUUAUCGAUUUCUUACAACCUGACAGUGGAGGUCACAGGAGGGUGAAAGUAUUAGAGCUCAAAUCCAUAGAAAACUAGUCAGAGUUGAGUAAGGAACGAGGAAUGAGAGUGAAUUUCAAAAGAAGACGGUGCAUUGAGUAUUUUUUGCCUUGAGAGCUCUUUGUUUUUUUUGUUACUUGGAGGUUUAGGACUUCCUCUCCAUGUCUGACUCCAGUACUUUGGAUAGCAGCAGUCGGAGGAGUUGGGUUACUCUGGUGGAACUAUAUCUGCGUUUCUGUCAUCACUAAUCAGGAUAAGGGCUAUAUGGGUAACUAUCACUGGCAGUUAAUACCUCCGGCUUAAACAGGCAUCCAGAACAUGUCCCGGUAGUCUACUUGCCCAGUAAAACAACCCAUCCUGCAAGGCCCCGACAUGUACCUGUCACACACUUAAUGCAGCAAGUCCCUCAGCUUUGUUAUUGACAUCAGAAACCUGUCUAAUCUCAGCAGGCCGCAGCCUCUACACUCACAUGUACCCACACAAGCACACGCACAGUCUCGUGUUGCUGUAUUAGUAAGAAGCUUAAAGAAAGUAUUAUAAAUCUGUGCCCAAAUACAUGACUCUGCUCUUUGAUUUCAUCCGAUGAGGCCAUGUUUGUCCACGCUUGAAGGGUAAUAUCGGUUUCUUGGAUGAGUGUCUCUUGGACUGAACUUUUCUGCACUUGGCUAUUUCUCUUAGAUUCAAAGUGCCAUGCAGUGCAGGGGGUACUAAAUCCUUCAAGCGUAAGCCAGAUUGUAAGAGUGAGGAGGUUGUAAAGCAUGAGAGGUGAAACACUCACAAAGAAGAGAGCAGAUCCGGGGCCCUCACUUUUAAAUUACCAUUAACUACAGUCUUUGGUGAAUCCCAAAGCCACUGGAAACCUGAAUUCACACUAGCUUCUCAAUAUGCCAACCUCAUUUGCAGUGCCAACUAUCUUGAGAAAUGAUCGUUAGUUUACUAUUAUUAUCAUUUUUAUUUUUAUUAUUAUUAUAGCUCCAGGUUUAUCUGCCAGACAAUUUAAAUUCUUUGGGAAAAAUUCAGCAUUAAAGGGAUAUUCCGGCAUAAAACUAAGUUAUUGUCAAACACCGUAACGCCGAGUUAGACACCCAGUUGAGAGAUGAAUGUUGUCGACCACUUGCUUCUCUAGUUAUACCAACUUCAGUAAUGACUGCACAAUUGCAAUACAGAGAACCACGCACUCAACCAAAACGCCACUCUAUAGCCACAAAUAAUGCUCAGAACAGCACAUAACUGCAUCAACAGAACAUAUAGGGUCUCAGCACUAGUCACCAAACAUGUUUUUAGCUUUGCCUGGUUUCUUUAGCAAAGAGACUAAACACAACUCACCCACUCUAUUCCAGCAGCCGCCUGUUUGUGCAUAAACCUCAGGCCAGUCCAUUACUGAAUGCAGAGGGGUGACGCAGCUCAAGGAAGAACAUAUAUGAUCAUCUCCUCAUGGAAAUGCAAUCAGACCGAGAUGCUAAGACAGAGGAACUACUGUGUCUGCAGUGCAAAAUGAUUAAUAUGGUGAUUUUUACUUUAAGGAAAUGAUAAAGUAAUGAUCAUAAAUGUUCUUGCCCGGAGGUCUCCAUACAAACAAGCGGCUGCUGGAAGAGAGUAGGUGAGUUGUGUUUAGUCUCUUUGCUAAAGAAAUUAGGCAAAGUUAAAAAGAUGUUUGGUGGCUAGUGCUAUGGCUGGGACUCUCUAUGUACUGUUGAUGAAGUUAGGUGCUGUUCUGAGCAUUACUUGUGGCUAAAGAGUGUUGUUUUUGUUGAGGUUUGUUUAUGGCUCCUGAAACAGCUGUGUAUUGCUAUCGUGCGGUUGUUAAUAUAGUUGGUAUAACUAGAGAAGCAAGCGGUCGGCAACAUUCAUCUCUCGAGGGGGUGUCUAACUCGGUGUUACCGUGUGUUUGACCCUAAAUUAAUUUUACGCCAGAAUAACCCUUUAACAAUAUUUGUACAUAUACGUCUGUUGAUAAAGAAAACCAUCAACCCUGAGGAAUUUUAAUUUUUCUGAAUGUCAAACCUUUAAUCUUAUACAUAACUACUCUCAAAGUGCUGUAAUCAUAGCUCUUUUCAGACAAAACGCACCACCCACAACCAACAGAUAUCCUUUUUCUUGGUUUGAAACCAUAGACUGUAUAAAGAAUGGACAGAGUCUGCCUCCUUGCUGGGUGAAGCCACUCUGAGAACAGCACCCUCUGUUGAUGGGCUGCAGUAUAGGUCAUAAAUCCCGCCUCUGUCGGCAAAGCUCAUGGAGCUGUGGACAAACAUUAGAAACUUAUUACACAGAAUAUAUAUCAUAUAUAUAUCACUGCUUGUGAUGUUGACAUGUAGUUACUGUUGGACUGGUUUGUGCUCAAGUCCUCUUUUUUCUGUACAGCUCCAUUUUUAAAAGUUAUUUGGGGGUUCAUGUUUUCUAUGAUUGACACCUGAUACAGCCUACAGUAUUGGCGUUCAGGGAUUGCGUAGCUCUCCCGGAUGAUACGCUGUUUGAGCCGAGCAUCAUCACAGCGACUCUCUGCGACUGCGCGCCCGAAAGCGCGCAUCACUACUGCGCAACGCUGGUUUCAGGAAAUGAAGAAAAAUCCCGGAAAUACCGAGAGCUUUUUGGCUUCAAAUCUGUAUACUUGCGGGAGGCAAGUUGUCCAUAUUAUAUACAGUCUAUGUUUGAAACUGAUCCUCUUAAAAGGAUAGGCAGGCAAACACACCCCACUUCACACCCUGCAAAGUCUUCUUGAUUUGCUCCAUUUUUUCCUCCCAGCAGCUGACUGUCAACUGUCACCAGUCACCCACAGCCCAUUUUAGAUAAUCCCUCCACUCAAUAAUCAUCAUCAGCUCAGUGGGCCAGUUCAGUGAUUACACCAGAACUGAGGGAAGACGAGAACAUUCUGGAGGCUAAUCUUCCCUGACAGCCUCAUCAGCACAUUAGACCCGCAAACCAUCAGCUCACCAGCCUUUCAGCGCUAAACCAGUGUGCCAGGAAAUGUUUUGUUAAUGAUCUCUAGAAAUUUAAGUAAGAUAUGAGACCUUUCUGGUGAGUUCUCUACACUUAACCAAGAAAGCAUAGGUAUCAUGUGUAUCUACAGACGCUUCCAAGGUAUAAUAGAUCUGGUGGGUUAAAAGGCCAUCACAAGUGAAAAGAUGAUUUACUUUUUGGAAAUGGGAACAAACAUUUUCAAGUUUUUUAAUCUGUUACUAAUGUGGAUCUUUUGUAUCUCAUUUUCUCUGCCAGAGCCAGGCAGAGGCUCACUAUAAGGGGAAUCGCCAUGCUCGGAGGGUGAAAGGGAUCGAGACAUCCAAGACAGCUCGUCUCCAAGAUGGUGACAGGCAGCACCCUCCCUCUACUGCUUCACCCUCCCCACUAGGCCCAUCACCAUCCAGUCCUGAGCCUGAUAAGCAGGGUGAGCAUUACCUUGGGCUUUUGUUUGUGAUGCAGACAAACGCAGGAAUCUGUUACUAAAUGGCACAAAGGUUGGACAAGAGUUGUUGUGGUGAGCUUACCAGAAGAGUGUCCUCAAGUGUUGAUACGACUGCACAGCUAAAAGGGAUUUGUCAAGGACACCUUAUUAUCAUCUUCACCAUCACCAUCAUAAUGACACAAGGCUUGAUGACUAAAGGGUGUAGUUGACUUUGCACAAGUUCUUCACUCACUUGACAAACUUUGUGUUGUUUACAGAUGACCCCUCAUCCUGUUCCAGCUCCAACAAAUCACCUUUGACCCCUAGCCACCUUCCAAUACCCACACUGAGCUCUGCAGACACAGAGUGUCCUCUCUUGCCUUCUGUCAGCAUGCCCUUGUCAUCCUCCCCCUCACCCUCUGCGGCCCUCAGUACCCCGUCUGCGGAUCCAGCAGCAUCUGGUAUUCCUGACACCCCGUCCCCAGCACCCAGUCCUUUGUCAGGGGAGUCAGAGGAAGAGAAGGCUAAGAAGCUUCUUUACUGUUCAUUGUGCAAAGUCGCUGUUAAUUCCCUCUCACAACUGGAGGCACAUAACAAAGGUAAAUUCAAAACUGCUUUUCAGAGUUUUAAGUACAACAGGCUACAGAGCAUGCAGUGUUAAGAAAGGAAAAGCUUUAGAGACAAUGGUAAUUUGCAGUAUUCACUCUUUAGAGCAGCUUCUCACAUGGCCCUUUAAAGGCAAUCCUGCACUCUGCAGUGGGACCAGAAAUCUAAAGAAGAUGCUUUAGUGCCACUUAGUGGUGAGAACAGCAGGUUAAGAACUGUCUGUGGUUUGAUUCUGUACACACUGUAGAUGACUGCGGUAAAACUAAUACUUCCUCCUCUACAUCUUGUAUAUUUUCUCAAGUGAACAGCUGAGGAAUUGGUUUCCUUAACUUUCAAUCAACCAAUAACCAGUAAAUCAAAAGAUUUCCCCUCAAGGUGCACUGAGUAACCUCCUCAUGAAUUGUUUACCCUGUUACUUGAAAGCUAUAAAUUUAACUUAUUUACUUUUUUAUUUCUCAUUCAUGUUAAUCAAGUGUUUUUUUUCCUUCUUGAGUUUGAUAAAGAUACUGAUCUAGUACAUAGUCUCAAUUACAAUUAUGGUUAAAUAUUUUCUUUUGAUGGUUUUUAGGUACCAAACACAAAACCAUACUGGAGGCUCGGAGUGGACUAGGGCCAAUAAAGGCAUACCCACGUUUGGGUCCUAAACCCAACCCAGAACAGGGAGGCGAGUUUUCCUCCGACCAGAACACUCAGGAACGCACAUUUCACUGUGAGAUCUGCAACGUCAGAGUAAACUCUGAGCUGCAGCUCAAACAGGUAGGAAAUCUGCAAACAGAUACAACUAUCUUGACUAGAGCAGAGUGCAAGCAACCUUUAAAUCCAAUUUCUGUUUUUGUCUUUUUUUUUCAAUUUACAUUCUAGCAUAUAUCAAGCCGGAGGCAUCGAGAUGGAGUCGCAGGGAAACCUAAUCCUCUUCUCAGUCGGCACAAGAAGCGCACAGAAUAUAUGGUAAAGACUCCUCCCUUUAGUGUAUUUCUAUGUACUCUUUUCUACCCUGUGAAAACAUGGUGAUGAAGGCUUUGAUUAAACCCUUGCAGACUAAAGGGAUAUUCUGGCGUAAGAUGAAGGGGUCAAACACACCGUAACACCAAGUUGGACACCCCCUCGAGAGAUGAAUGUUGCCGACUGCUUGCUUCUCUAGUUGCCAACUUUAGUAACAACCGCACAGUAGCAAUACACAGCAGUCUGAGGAGCCACACGCUCAACCCAAACGCCAUUCUAUAGCCACAAAUAAUGCUCAGAACUGCACCUAACUUCAUCAACAGUACAUAUAGGGUCCCAGCCAUAGUACUAGCCACCAAACAUCUUUUUAGCUUUGCCUGAUUUCUUUAGCAAACACAACUCACCCUCUCUCUUCCAGCAGCCGCUUGUUUGUACAGAGACCUCCGGGCGAGUCCAAUGACUGCAGCAGGGUGACGCAGCUCAAAGAAGAACAUUUAUGAUCAUUACUUUAUCAUUUCCUUGAAGUAAUAAUCAUCAUAUUAAUCAUUUUGCUCUUGGUCUGAUUGAAUUUCCAUGAGGAGAUGAUCAUAAAUGUUCUUCCUUGAGCUGCGUCACCCCUCUGCAUUCAGUAAUGGACUGGCCUGAGGUCUCUGUACAAACAAGUGGUUGCUGGAAGAGAGAUCGUGAGUUGUGUUUGCUAAAGAAAUCAGGCAAAACUAAAAACAUGUUUGGUGUCUAGUACUAUGGCUGGGACCCUAUAUGUACUGUUGAUGAAGUUAGGUGCUGUUCUGAGCAUUAUUUGUGGCUAUAAAGUGUCGUUUUGGUUGAGCGCGUGGCUCUCUGUAUUGCUAUCCCGGCUUGUUAUUAAAGUUGGUAUAAUUAGAGAAGCAAGCCAUCGGCAACAUUCAUCUCUCGAUGGGGUGUCUAACUUGGUGUUACGGAGUGUUUGACCCUAAUUUAAUUUAAUGACAGAAUAUCCCUUUAGCCAGCCUACUGGUCGCAUUUACUGAUAUUUUUCUUAACUUUCUCACAGGAACUUCCAAAAACUCUGGGGGCUGGACUAUUACCAAAUCCUUUGGCUGUUGCUGCAGCAAUGGCAGCUGCGGCUUCCUCCAAUCAGUUGGCAUUACGCCCCCCUGGCCCAACCUCCCACCCUCAUCCCCAUCAUCACCUCCUGCAGGGAACACCCCUCAGCCUGCUGAGACCCGCCCCUGGUCCGAUUCGCACUACGCAUGGGCCAAUCCUCUUCACUCCUUACUGAUGGCGAGAGGAUGAGGACAAAUCAGGAAGAAGCACACUGUGAAGUGAUGGCCUGCAACUGUGUGCCAUCGAGAGCUAAAUCAGCUGGUGUGGAUCCAGCAAGGGACAUUACUGUGACUCUUGAUGUGCAAAUGGUAGUUGCAGAUCACUUCUGUUACCUGGGAAAUUAAACUAAAGUAAAACUGACGAAUCUCAGACUUUUCAACGAGAUUUUGGUUGCCCAUUCUUCUACUUUUCCCUUCACCACUCAACUAUCUGCCAAUCACUGAGCAGACUCUGGAAAAAAAAAAAGAUCAAGCAUGGAUUCUUUAAACAUCUGAAACUACUUUCAUCUGAUGAUCCACUGUCUCUGAAUCAAAACCCUACCUCUCUUAAGUUUUUAAUGUUCACCUCUGGAAGGAUUCACAACAUAGCAUAUCCAAAGCAUUGAUAUUAACAGAAACAUGCCUGCUGGGUUAGAAAUAGUAGUUGCCUCAGAUGUUAGCUGGUAUCAUAUAGUAGCUGUCACAGUAUAGUGGAUUGUACCACAGUCAAGUCCUGUUUUUGUAGCCUAUAAAGAUAAAAAGGCACAGAAAACUUACAUACUGUUUUCUGCAGAUGGUGAACAUUGCUCCUGACUUGAUUUUCAGAAUUCUCACAGCGCGCCAACACAGUCUAUAUUUACCUCUGUGGGGCAGACAAGAUACACAAGUGUAGAUAUAACAUGAUGUCUUAAAUCUGUGCUAAUAAGUAAACCAACCACAUUUUUUCAGAUGGCAAGGUUGAGAAGCACCUUCUACUGGUGCACUAUGCAGCAAACAUGUUUCUCUUACAUGUUUGCGUAAAAUGCAGUAAGGUUGGAGAAAAGAAAAAAAAAGAAAGUGGAGGGAAACUGUCAUUGCUUUGACAAUUGAUUCCCCAAAUUCACCCUGCAUAGCAAAGAAGGGGCAGCAAUGUUGUGCAUCAAAACCCCCAAAGCACAAUGAGUAACAGUCGGUACAACCAAAUCUACACGCAAACAGCUUGAAUAAAUUUAGAGUGAACAUCCAUUAUUUUCGUAUCUGGGCUUUACUGUGCUAAAAUCAAAAGGUGUCAGUAUGUUUAAGGCUUCACUGUGAGCACAGCACCAUGAUGGGCAGUUUAGGAUUUUAGCCGCAGGUAUUUGCAUUACGUGCACAUUUAAAUAUGCAGACCACAUUUCCACCACAGCCCCAUUCAAGGUGUGAGGAAAACAGUGGAAUGAAAGACACCAGCAUUAUGUUACAGAGGGAAAAGAAGAGGACCACAUACCCAUGUGUCUAGUUGUAUGCAAAAAAAAAAAAAACAACCAACCGUUUGUUGUAGUACUAUAAGCUUGUGAAGGGUUACAAAAAUGUCGGUUGUCCGCUCUGCAGCGUAGGUGCUUCCUACAUGACUGAAUUAUCCCGGUGAAAACUCUCAUGAUGGCUUGUAAAACAUUAGAAGGAAGCUUUAGGAAACAGAAACUGUAGCAAUACUUUGAGCACUCCAGCUAACUUUACUUGUUCAAUGCAAUAAAAGAAAAUGUCUACAAAUCUAUGAACUGUUACGUAGGACAAGUGUCUUAAUCAUUAUUGUAAAUGUAGAUCAUUAAAAAAACAAAAAUGAAACGUUGGACUCCUAACUGUUGAAUUUAAACAAAAAUCUAUAUGAAAUAAUUAAACUGAGUCUACGGUUCUAAGCAAUGUCGAGUUGUAUUCUUUUCAUACAUUUUUUAUUUCAUAUAUCAAAUUUCUUUUGACAUGUAGGACUGUAAUAAAGUCAACUAUCAGAAAUGAUGGGAUAUAUCCAGUUUUGGUGUCCAGAUUAUUCAUAACCAAAAAUUCAUUGAGUUUUACAGGGUAGCGCAGCUCACAUGAAGCCAUAACGCAUCUCUAGCUUUUCCCUACUCAGUACCUACUGAAAAAGGGGGUGUAGGCAAUGCUGCUCUUUUGUAGAAAAAGGGGGAGGUAGACAGGUUCUAAAGUAAUACAGCUCAAAAUUAGACACUGUAGAGAAAGUGCGGACAGGAAAUAACUAUGUGACUGUGGCGUCAGGCAGACUACAGACUUUCCGAUCAGCAGAAAAAGCAGAAAUGAAAGCAUUGACUGAAGCACCCAGAAUGCAACAGGACAGACAGUGAAGUACUAUGAAGUAGUUCUGGAGUUAGCAGAAGCUCUCAUGCUCCCUAAACCGGUAGCAAUUUUGAAGUGUAAAGGACACAACAUAACAGACUCAGCUGUAGCCAAGGAAAUUGAAGCAGCUGAUGCAGCUGCAAAAUGAGCAGCUGGUUAUGAAGUAACGUACCCUAUUCUGACAGCAAGCCCAGAUGUAAAUAUUCCCACAAAAACGUGUACUAGACAGGUAAAAAGAGCCAACAGAACCCUAAAAAACAAAAUUGGCAAAAAUCUGUGCAGAUUCUAAAUUGACCUAGGUAGAGGCUUUGCUUAUUGCACUGGUGUUUAUCAGAGCUUUCUCUAACAGCAGCACAGGGUUCUCUCCAUUUGAACUUGGCACAGGUUAGCUUUUUGAAAGUCCUGCUACAGUGGGUUUAAAGGGAUAUUCCAGCGUAAAAUUAAGUUAGGGUCAAACACACCGUAACACCGAGUUAGACACCCCCUUGAGAGAUGAAUGUUGCCGACCGCUUGCUUCUCUAGUUAUACCAACUUUAGUAACGACCGCAGAUAGCAAUACAGAGAACCACACGCUCAACCAAAAAGCCACUCUAUAGCCACGAAUAAUGCUCAGAACAGCACCUAACUUCAUCUACAGUACAUACAGGGUCCCAGCCACAGCACUAGCAACAAAACAUCAGUAUUUUUGCUCACUGUAUUUUUGCUGGUGUUGACAUUUCAUCUGCAGUCUAGUGAUAAUUAGGACGUACAACAGAGGACCCUGAAGGACACCUUUUGGACAUGCAGUGUUGGUAAGUUGACCUCGUGAUAUGAGGUCAAAAGGGGGAUUGUUAGAAUAAAUUGUAAAUUUGGAGAUGAUUUGAUGAAGGUGCAUAAAGAAUUAACAAUUGUGCGCAUUGCAGUCAUGUACUGAUGGAUAAAAGGAAGAAGGAUAAAAGCUCCAGGGAGGCUAUAGAUCACCCUGUACAGAGGAAGAGAACAGUGUCCAUAGUAUGAGGUUUUUGCUUUGGCUUUUCUUCGUAGUUGGCAAGUAAGGUGUCCUGUACCGAAUAAAGAUGUUCAAGUUGCACUCAGACGUAUGAAAGAGAAAGUGUGCAGAGAGUGCUCUGUGGUUUAAACUUUCACAAAAGGAAGGUGAUAGAACUUACGGAGGUGUUAUUUAUUUACGUCUAUGAUACGUGCUUUUUUAAGCAUACUUAGAUCAUCUGCCCAGCAGCAGCAAAACUGUAUGAUUGAAUGUGUGUGUGUUAGAGAUGAGUGUAGAAUGCAUAACACAAUUCCUUAUUAGGUAAACAGGUGGACCCACUCGAGAAGAAACCAGCCUACACACUAAGACAAUAUCA